GGGAAAGGAUGGAGGAUGGAGAGACAGUGGCAGACAGACAGACAGAGUUUAGACAGACAGGCGGGAAAAGCAGAGGAAGGAGAGAGAGAGCGAGAGAGAGAGAGACCGGAGGUGGAGUUAUUAUCUGAGGGGCGUGGUCAAGCAGCUGUCACUUACUGGCCGUUGCCAUGGCGAGCAGGCGGUCCCGAACAGCGGGACAUCCAAUGGGAGGCCACGCUGCUUGUGUCACCAUGGUGACGGGGCUGUGCCCAGGGAGGUUGUGAUGGGUUGACAGGUGCGUGACAAUCGGAGCUCUCUGCAAGCAUGUACGCCAAAGGCAAGAGUAGCAACGUGCCGUCCGACAGCCAAGCCAGAGAAAAGUAAGUUUUAUUUAUGGGGGAGGAAACAGCGGCUGUGAGGGAAGUUCACGAGCGGCCGGGGGCAGUCACACACUAAGCUGAGCGAGGGGAGGGCACGAGGCGCUACACUCAGUGGCAUGGAGCUCCAUGCUCUGCAAGGCUGGGAAAGUUGACUGCUACCUUUAUUUUAAGGAAAAAUAGACAUUUUGUCGGGCUGGUUUUCUGUAAUUAGACCACAUAGGUUUGGAUUUAGAGCACGAUUUGGCUGGUUUGUGUCGGGUUCAACGCGGUUUUAUUUUGAAACCACCUUUCUCUUGUCUUUUCUUGGCGCUGCUCUUCUUGCUGUGUAUUUGAAAUCAUUUGGAGUCGUUUCAUUUUGAACAUCCAGCGUCUAGCUUUGCAUGAGUAUGUGUGUAUUAUUGGUGUACCCUUUACUUCAGUGUUUCGACUAGACUGAAAACAUUACAGUUUUGUUCACACGCGGAGCGAAACAUUGAAGGUUGUCUAUCGGCUGUGAAAGCAGCAACAAAGUCCACGCAGAACACUGCCCACAGACCGCUCUGUGUGUGUGUGUUUUCAGAAAUUCGCUUCUCAAACAGAUUUAGGAUCCUCUGAAAUCCACGCUGCUCAUUGAGUCACCGCUACAAUAUGUGAGAUUCGUGACAGCAGACGGUCGUCUUGUCUCCACAUUUGGCGAGAUCAGGGUUGAUGAUGAUUUUUGUGAAGCAAUCUCAACAUCACUUAUAUUUCUGUCAACUUAAAAACAACAAAAAUACGCGUGUUCAAUGAGAUUGUGCUUGGAUUUCUGCAGACUAAGUUUGGUCUAAUGAUGGAAGUAAUUAGAAUAAUUUAUCAUCUGACAGAAACCUUUGAGUUAAGAGUAGGAUAACUGAAUGACAACCUUCAGUCAGGUAGUCAUAAAUGGGCAUUGUGGGCAUUGAUCUAAAAAAUGUAAAAUUGAUAUGCAGUGGUACCAUAGACUGUAUAUAAAGGUAUAGUAUAGUUAUAGUAUAUACGGUCCAUGCGUGGUACACAUAGAUUGUGUGGUCCCUCUUAACAUUUUAUCUGCUUUAGUACAGUGAAAAGUAAUGCAACCCACUGAUGUUACUUAACUAGAUACUCCUUGUAUUGAAUCUAGAUACUGCUGGUCAGCAGGUCUGCAAGCAGAAAUCAUAGAUAGGCACCCACAGUGAAAGUAGACCACAAAGCCCAUUUAUUGUUGACAUGCUUUUGACUGUAAACAGAUACAUUUACAACGGGUUCCCAUCUCUGAUUCAGAUAAACAGUGUGAUGAUCCUAUCAUGUGAUAACUUUUAAAGGAAACCUGUAUUAUUAUGUCAGCACCUUAAGUUUCUGUAAAGGCUAUGGUCCUGGUCAGAGGUUCAUAGAAGACAAGUUUCACCUUCUCACCUUUGCUGCCAACUGUAGAGCUAUUUUUCGUGUUGCUUGAAUCCAGUUCACUUGUGUUUGUUGACAGUCUAAAUGAGUUUUCAGUCGCACCCCUUGAGCCCAGUCUGUAUUCCCUAUGUGAAAAGAAUAUGUCUUCUGAACAGUGAGGCUCUAAUGCUGCUUUAUUGUGUGAACUGACAGAAGCAAACAAAAAAAAAAAUCCUCCAGAUGUGGAGGAUGCCCUUUAUUGAUUCACAAAAGCAGGUUGUUGAUGCAUGUAAAUAAUAAAAAUAAUAAUCCUCUGUUUGUAAAAAGAGCAAACAAACAGAUUUUUAUUCUGUCAAGUGUUUCUCUUAGGUCCCCUGACAGCUUGCAUGUGCAUGUGGUUCAGCUUUGAUCAGGAGACUUCAGUUUGCAUUCACAGACACGCCAUGGAAGCAUGGCAUAUUACCUGCUGUCUGCCUUUACAGUAAACUUAGAGUUAAACUUCAUUGAAAGAUGAACAGGACCUGAUUUUUUUAAAAUUAUUUUAAGUUAAAGACUAAUAAUUAUAACGAUCCACAUUUUAGGCUGUUUGUGAGGUGUCACAUUUAAUAGAUUUUGUGUAACAGGAAAACUUUUUGUGAAUGAGUUUGAAAAAAAAAAAGCCACAAAUAUAGAUUUUUAUUUGAUUGCAAACAGACUGUCUUCUGUGUUGUCUUUCUGUUUUUUGAAAUCGCCCUUUAUGAAUGUUCAAGUUAAACCAUAUUCACAUGACAGCUUGGCAACUUCCAUGCGUCUGUUUUUCAGAAAGUCUGUCCUUGUAAUGCGGAUUAGGUUUGGGUGGUUUUUAGAUCUUUCCUGCGUCCAACUCUUACUUUGAUGUUUUACUUUUGGCCAACACAAAAUGAUGACUCUGCAUAUUUAUUUUUUUGACCCUUUUUUGAUGCAAGAUUAAUGUUAUGUUGGCACAAAUGCCCAUGACACAACAACAGAAAGAAAGACAGAAGAGAAAACAUCAGAUUAAAACAGUGAAAGUCAGUAAUCAGACGAGGCAGAGUUUCAUUUGUCUUUUAACAAGCAGACUUGUUUAUCAGUGGUGUGUAUCAGAAAAGCAGAGCAGGCCUCGCAGUGCCGUGGCUUUACUUGUUUCUCAUUUCUGCAGCGCAGCGGGGGAUCAGAGAGCAGUAGAGACAGAGAGCAACAACAGACUGAGAAGUGAAAGGAGGAGGAGGAGGAGGAGAAGAGAGAAAGCAGGACUGGGGGAAUUUGCUGGAUCAUUAGUUUACAGUGUUGUAGUAUUGACCUUAGAAUGGACCCCUGCAGACACAGGGCUCCGGCUGGCCCCAUGUAGUUGUAGAAGAGCUCUAAAUGCAACUGACCUGUGUGUGUGUUUGUUUGUGAAAGGGCAAGAGGCAGAUAAGUAUCUGAUUGUUGUGUUUGAAAUAUACUGUCUGGUCUCACCAGGUUAAUAUAGAUUUUGAAAUCCAGCGGUUUUUGUGCAUGAAAAUUUUGCUGCAGGAGGUUUAUAAAGCAUAGGUCUUUUUAGAGACCUUACACUCAUUUCCUCACAGGUGUGAUGUUUUACGAAAUCGAAAUAACCAGACAACGAUGAAAAAAAGGUAAAAUCCCCUUCUUUAAAACACCUAGAGGAACUUUUUGUAUGCAUUGAUUUUGGCGCCCCUUGUGAACAAAGCAGUACAUGGUAUCUCUUAGCUGAUUUUGAUCAAAUCCUGUUGUUUUUAAGUGUCACUUUUAUCACUCAUCAAGAAUCUUAGCUGUAGGACAAAGGCUCUUUUAGCUUAAUAAAUGUAUUAAAUCUUUCCAACACCUAUACCCUGACAGUACUUCAGAGAUUAAAACCCCUUCAUGUACAUCUAAAACAAAAUUUGAAUAUUGUGAGAAAGUUUAAUUUGUGGCUAAGGAGCCACAACCCAAGUACUGAAUGUUUAAAUGAACACACUUUAGAAUAACAUUUCUGUAUUUUUAGAUCCUUUUUUGGUCGAUUUUAGGAAAAGUUCAAAUGAUUCGAGAUGCUGUAUUUCUUAUUUCAUUUCUUCAGCCAGGCCCAUAGUCAUUAAGGUGUUUAUCCCUCGCUGCAUAUGUUCAUGGGAAACAAUGUCCGCUCAAAAUAUUAGUCGCACAUCUUUACUGAUGUGGCUUAAGGUGUUAACACUGUCUUAUUUCCCAUAUAUAAUCUGCAUCACAAACAAAAGAUGUGCAAAGAUAAAGCAGACCUGCAAUGCCAGACUUUUGCAACAACAGCUUCUGAAAUAAGUGCAUCAUCUUCAAAGCCCUAGAAAAAACAGCGUUCACCGUUAUUUUAGAAAGUAGUUCCUGUUUGGUUUCCUCAGAAACUGUUAGAUUGUGGUGAAUAAAAAGUGCAUGAGCAGAUCAAACUCUAAUUGUUUGCAUGGGCAGAUACUAGGAAGAUUAAAUAUCCUGUAUACAGAUCAGAUUUCAAAGAAACAAGAAAGGCAAUGUGCCAUUGACAUUUUGAGUGUUUUCAAACAGAAUACUAAUCCAUGUACUGUUAUAUGUGUUAGUUAUAGUUUUUCAUAUUUUUUACAUGUGUGCAUGCAGGGCAAGGACUUUAGUUAAAAUCAGUGUUCACAGUAUUGACCACUCUCUCUGUGUCUCAGAAAGUGCCACUGUUCAGGUAUCUCCUCCGUCUCCUUCUUGCUAUACCUGUGUUACGGUCUGGGCUUGAUUUUGAUUCAGAGUGACAGGACACGACCACUGGCUGUGUACUGCAGUUGUUCAACGAGUGUAGGUUUCAGUCCCCGGCUGUUAGAGGACACAUUCCACAUAGUUCUGGCAUUGUGGUCUUGGAUGGGUUACAUUGCAGCAAAUACUACACAUUCUUGUUUAUUGCUUUUUGCUUUUCUGUGUUUGUAAUGAAUCAUAGGGGCAUGUACUCAUACGUGCUGGCAAACCGUUUCACUUUUUCCUGCUUCUCUUGGUGGCAGAAUUACAGCGUGGACUCUUUUGUAUGAAGUAAUCCCUCUGUUUUAUUUGUUUGAAUGUUCCUCUGCUUAAUUUGAUUUAAUAACAAACUGCACACUUACAGUUGUUAUGAGUCAAACUAUUAUAAGUGUCGCUACUGCUCAUUCUGUAGCCCGGGUGCCAGCCUGAAAUCUGGUGCAGACUUAAGCAUUUCUGGAGCUGUAAGGAUCAUCAUUCUGCGCACAUACUUACACACACAUACACACACACACAGCUACUUCUGAACCGAGACACCUCAGAAUCCUGCCAGGAGGCUGCCAAUGCAGCAUUGCGCAGACUGAGGCAAAGCAGUGCAUGCUGGGAGUGUUUAUCCGACAGAAGCAAUUCAGGCUGCCACUCUGGCUCUGACAGUGAGUCGCAUUACAGGAGAACUACAAUGAAAAUAGAGCAGUCCCUCAUCAUAUCACAUCCCUCACAACAUACUGUAUUUCCACAAUACCAUGCAUCUGGGGGAUCUGAGUUAGUCGGUGCCAGCUGCCACCUGAUGAAUGUAAUUGAUGAGUUUUUAGUUUGUUUACUACAUCUCAGUGUCCUUGAGAAAUGGCAGAGCAUACUCAUUAGAGGAGAGAGAGGGAGAGAGAGGAAGAUCGUUUGAUAGAGCAUGAAGAGAAUACUACAGCCAGAGGGUAAACAUAUGUUGUUGGUCAGCUUGGUGGGAAAAAUAAAGGCUCAGCUCGGAGAAUGAGCACCGUUUGAAAUGAGACGCAGGUUCAACAGUUGAUGGGUUAAAAACUAGAAGAAUAAAAGACUGAAGUUUGAGAAAAAGGGGAACAUUUUCCGUCCGGGUCAGAUGAGGUCAUCUGAUUUCCGGAAGGACCUCAUGGUCUAAUGCUCUAUAAUGGCUGUGUGUCGGACCUCUACGCUCUACAAACAUCCCGCUCUCUCUGUGGAUCACUUACACUGGUAAGUGGCCACACCUGGUUCUGCUGGCUUAGGUCCAGUGACAGUAAAAAGCCCUAGUGAGAAACCCCCUCACCCCUGUGCAACAUGAGAGCAGCAUGUUGUUGUAGAGAUCCGCUCCUCCCUCCUUGAAGGUAGACGUAGAACGAUGUCAAAUUGAAAGAUAAUGUGUUUGUAUUGGCUUUUAGCUGUUUUAGCUCAAUAGAGGAUGUACAAUGUAUGUGAAUCUGUAAGCCCAUCUGAGCUGUCUGCAUACAGCACUUUCCCAUACGUUUCAUCCCACAAAAUCAACCUCCAUCUGUCUGUCACACUGCCUGAGUCAACUACAACAUCCAGCGAUUAUCACACAGCUAAUAGCCUCUCCGGCUCUCAUGGGAUGCCUGCGAACAAGUGCGAGAACACACAGAACUGUCACUGCUCUCCAUUGUUGUCUUAACACUGACGGUCAGAGAAAGAUAUUGACUUAAAACAGCUGCCAAUGUGUUUAAUCCUCACAGGGGUUUCAGAUUAACAUCAAUCUGGGAUUACAGGCAAACCGGAGAAGAAAAUAAAGCUUUGAUAUGUUUUUUUUCUUCUUCUUUGUCUUCUGGUGUGAAGCGCUGUCUUUAAAUGAAAGUGAUGAUGACAGUUUGACAAGGCGCUGAUAGAAAACACUUUUUAACCUGCUGAACACAGGCUGUUAAAAGUCCUCUUUUAUCUGCUGGUAUCCCUCCUAGUCUCUCUUAUCCUCCCUGCCAGAGAUGUAACUUGCUACAGAACUGCUAUCAAAGCGGCUGCCUUUAUUGAGCCGUGUAAGGUAGCGGCGGGGAGGUAGGAGGGCUGCUGCCUGUGUAAAAAAAAAAAAAAAGGGGGUGACAUGUCAAUCAACAGAGAGCACCCUGUAGAGGGCACCCUGACAGGACGCCUUGGGGUCCUUGGGAAGGAUCGACAUGACAAAAAGGCCCUCGUCGGCAUCAGAUUGCUAUGUAGGGAAGAGAGGAGGAGAGGGCACACCUUCCUCAAAGUCUUUUAUCACUCCUCUCAAAAGACGAGGGUAUGGGUGAGUGAGUUUAUCAACCUGCGCUGGUCCCUUAGGAUGCUUUUGGUGUCCCUGAAUGCUCCUCUUUUAAUUAGAAACACAUCAUAUCUUUCCUCCUCUUCUCGUCUUUUCUCCUCAACAGUUACAGCGAGUGUUUCAGGUUAAUCUUUGGGAUUAAGAGACAGACACUGGGAGCAGAGGAUUCACAUCAGUUCACCACAGACGGGCGUGAAACAUGAAAAGUGGGGAGCGUUUCAUAGUAAGCUGUGUUAACCUUCUGGUCAAUUGGAUUUGUGGUUGCAAUUGUGGUUUAGCUAUGGUGAUUUUCUGUAGUUGUUGUUUCCCCCCUGAUACAAAAUACACAUGGUUCGUCCCAAACACAGUAUGGUUGGAAAUGGGACGCCCUCUCAAAGUGCUUCCUGUAACCUGAGCUUUUACCAGAGGUGGAUGCUGUGGGUUGAAACAAGAUUUAGGAACAGUUGAAAAUAGACAGAACCUGCUCACUGCGCUUCUUUUUCCAGUGAGCAGUUUAACAUUUCUCUUUCCGAAACAAAAACAGUGCCCUCACUGAUCAGAUUCACCAGUCCUCUUGUAUAUCUCUCCCCUCAUCCUGUCAACAUACGUCUGUUGAGUCACAUUGAUAUUUCCUCUGACAGCUGCUCCAGUCCUCAGCUGGAUGGUGUAACUCUCAUUUCUUUGUAAGAGCUACGGUGUUACUGCGGAUGCUGCUCUGUCUCCCCUUGCCUGCCGAAUAUGGAGGUUGGUUGGAGGCCUCUCUGCUGAUAUUCCCUCAUCAUUGAUAUGCAAGCUGCAUCGCACAGGCGCUAGCGCAAGGUUAAGCAUGCGUGACGGCCGGGCUUAGGAACUGCUUCAGACUCUCCCUCUCUCUAGCUAUCUGUCUUUCUCCUGCACACACACAAACAUACACAUUCCCCUCUCUGUGCUUUCUCGCUGCACAGCCCUCACUACUUCUUCUUCUUCUUCACGUUGGCCUCAAUUCUUCCUGGUCUGUUUUGUAAAGUUAUGGCACAGAGUUCUUCACUUUAAUUCUCGUUCUGUUUGCUGUCCUUACGUGACCACAUACACACUCUGUCUGUCCACUGAUCCCUUUAAAGUCCCUCAUGACAUUUUUUCCUCCUUCAAGGCAAGACUGUAUGUACUGUCUCACUGGGUUUAAAUCUAUGACAUUGCGUUCUUGCCCUUUUAAGGUCCACUAAAUGCAAUUUAUCAACAAUAGAGAAGCAGGAAGGAUUUAAAAGUGACACAAGGCAAUUGCGUUUUUUAUGUUAUGUUAUUUGUGUCAUUAAUUGAGAGACGUCUUGGUACAUAAACGUUACUGCUAAAACCUAAAACUUAAUUUUGCAGCAAGAAAUAUGUCUCUUACCAUUGAUUUAUUUAGUCAUACAUACUCUAGAGUCUGUCUCUAAGUGUCAAUAGUCUCAAAUUCUUCUUGAAUUGCUCUGGAUUGCUUUUAUUUGUAUCAGAUUUUUGUUGCUCUCCUCAAGUUUUGUUGUUCAAAAGAAAAAGAGACUCAUUAAAGCCUCUAGAAAGGAAUUUUAAUCCGAUAAGAUUAGAGCAUUGCCUUUCUCCCAGUCGUCUCUUUCUCCCUCUGGUUUUUGUUGGAGUUGCUGCUGAUUGUGGAAUGUUGCAUUGUUUGAGCCGAACAAUGACGGUGCGUCGCUAGACGGUGUGCGGAGCGGGCGGGACAUUCCAGGUUCUAUAUUUAAUUAACUGUACUGCAGAGAAACUUCAGCGAGGCCUGGUCAGAGGAAAAGAAGUCUGAAACACUUCAGAUGCACUGUUUGUCUGUGUGAGAGUGGGAAAGUAAAUGUAAGAUUAAGAAACAGAUUGUGUAUCAAAGAUAAACUUGGUCAUAAAGGUUUGCACAGCUCAAUGUAUGUCCAGUAAAUAAAACAUCCAUACACCAAACACACACCUAAAAUUCAGUAACUCAGCCAGUACUAAAAAAAAAAAAUGCUUUUCCUUAUUGUCCUGUUGAAUCACCAACAUUUUUGCUGCCUCAUCAUGCAGCCUUCAAAUUGAGUCCUCUUCCAAACGGGUCAUUGUUUUUACGCUAGUUAGAGUAGUGACUAUGCUGACCUGAAUUUUAGUCAUCGUCUGGGCGCUGGAGUGAGGUGUUUUUGACGCACUUCUACUACAAUCCAAUGUCCAGUCCAAGGUUGUUGAGUUAUAUUUCUACCAUUUGACGUAUUGCAGUAUACGUCAUAAAUCCCGCCUCCGUCAGCAAAGCUUAUGGAGCUGUGGACAAACUUAAGAAAUUUAUUACAAAGAACAUGAAUUUUUCUCCCCCCUGCUUGUGAUGUUGACAUGUAGUUACUGUAAGAGUGGUUUGUGCUCAAGUCCUCUUUUUUCUGUAAAGCUCAGUUUUCAAAAGUUAUUAGGGGGUUCAAGGUUUCUAUGAUUGACACUCAAUACAGCCUAUGGGCGUACAAAGAUAGCGUAGCUCACCCGGGGGAUACGCUGUUUGAGCUGAGCGUCAUCACAGCGACUCUCCUGCCGAAUGCGUACAACGCUACUGCCGAUGUUGGUUUCAGGAAAUGAAGAGAAAACGUGGAAUUUCUGAGAGCUUUUCGGCUUCAAAUCUGUAUACUGGCGGAAGGCGGAACCAAGUUGUCCACAGUGUAUACAGUCUAUGCUUGAAACUAAUUAGCUCACGAACUAGCUGGCUAGCUAGCUAGUCAGCAGGAGCAACAGGGAGAGCCAACUAUCACUAAGGUAAUGAUCAGCAGCAACAGAUGUAGUUUUGAACUGGUCAAUCAUACACAUAAGCUCUGUUGGAAAUCUUUAUUCUUUAGUAAAAAUGUUAGAAAUUUGUCAUUGGUAAAGAAACAGACUGAAAUGAUUAAUGAUGUUUCUGUAUGAGCUGCUAAAGCAAACCACACCAUCCACACAAACACCAACUAUUUCCUUUUUGUUAUUUUAUGUCUUCGACCUUGUAAGAUACAAGUGGUAGCAUCUUAUCGAAAAGAGUGUCAAAUCAACACAAACUGAGUUCCUUCAGGAGUAUGGCCUGCUAUCCAUUUUUUUCAGUUUUGUUUUAAAGAGAUGUUAAAAUAACUGGUGAAACACACACGUCUGCUUGAACUCUGACUUUCUGACUCAGUCUCUUGACUUUUUUCUGCCCUUUAAAAAGCCCUUAUUUUGUCCAUUUUAUACACAGAAUGAAUUAUUUCUUGUUGCAUGUGUAGCUGCUCAGCAUAGCUCCUUCAGAGACAGCCUGUUAAUCUCCUCCCUCACUCUGAGUCUGAAAAUAGACUUUAAGACAAAAUAGUAAUUACCCCGGUAUGAUCACUAAGUGUUGCCAUCAAAUUUUAAGGACUGUCUGUAAACAGCAGUUUAAUAUUCUGGGCUUUAUGGCUGUGUUGCAUUUAAGAUUUACUGUAAUAGCUUGUCGAGAAAGUUGAACAAGGAAAACACUCCUAAAAAUCAUUGGUGUUCUUUCAGCUGUGAAAUUAAACAAACUCCCCAUGAGAGGUGACUCAAUCUAAACAAAUCAAAGCCAAUGAAAUGGAACUUGAAUUAAGAAAGUGAUGGAUUUGCCUCUGUUUUUAUUUCAUUUAUUCACUUAACAUGAUAAACAAAUAAACUUGUAUCUGUAAAUCUGUUGAAAAAAAAAAUUCAAUGGCUCCAGCAUUUGUGUUUAAGAAAAAUUUUUAUAUGAAGGACAUGGCUUAAAUUUUUUCUCAAUUAGCGUGUUGGUAAACAGAGAGCGAACCAUCACGCUCCCCUGCCUUCACUCCCUCUGUUUCUCCCUCGCUCUGAUAAGCUGGCAUUUCCUGUUAUCUCAGCCCUGGGCAUUGUUGUCUGCUCUGUGAGACAGUCGAGCCUCUGCACUGCUGACAGAACAAGAACUGUUUCACUUUGUCUGAUUGUGCUUGUAUUAGGCUUCCUUUUUAUUGUAUUGUCUCUUCAAGUCUUAAUUGCAGCUGCACUCAUUUGCUUUUUUUUCAGGAUGAGAGUGGAGGAGUGUUUCCUGCCAGAGCAGCUAAAGCCAGUCAGUGUAGUCUGGUUUGAACCACCCAAUAUAGUUGUAUUUUCACUCAGACCCAAUGCAAAAGUAUAAAUAAAUAUCUUCAUGCCAUCAACAAGGCAGGCAUUUAAUGUUAACUUUCCAUAGCUAGUAGCAUGACAAGUAUCAGCAACCAAAACAAGAAACAGAAAAAGUUCAUUUGUAUUAAUAAAACUCUACAAUUAAAACUGAGUAUGAGUGGAAAGCUUACAAGCUCACAACAAUUUUUUAUUUUAUUUUAUUUUAUUUUAUUGCCCGUUACAGACAAUAACCUGCUUGAUAUAAGAUUGCUGGUACUUUUUUUUAAUUUUAGGAUAUUAAAAUUUUUACCCGCCAAAGGGUCCAAAAAAUUAAGUAAAACCUAGUAAGUUAAGAUUUGUACUUACGAUCAUUCUGUGCUUAGCUACUCUAACUAAAGUCACUUUUGUUAACACUAAUAAUAAUAGAAUAGUUUUGCAUUUUUUACAGGACACUGUCCCUAACUCAAUACUACAGCCAGAUCUUUGGUUUUCUCCCUCUGAAAAAUGCGGGUCAUCAGGUGCAGUAAAUUCAGUGAUUUUGUUAUUGAAUGUUUAAGCUGUAGGUUGUUCAUGGUGAUUUCUUUUGUAGUUUUUAAAUGUCUGUUUAAUUGGAACUACAGCAUUUGCCUUUUUGUGUUACUGCUAGCUUUGGACACUGUUCCUGUCUUUUUCUGUACAUCUUUAUUGUGACGAUGACUUACAUGUGUUGAAACUUGAGGACUCUUUUACUCCUCUCUAAAUCCUUGAGGCACUUUUCAUUAAACUGUGAAAUAGUAGUAAACAUUCACACCAAUGACAUCAUUCUCACUCUUGUCACCUCGCUGUAGCUGUACCUCUCUUUUUUAUGUAAUGAUAGAUUGCACAUAGCCAUCUACUGUUCGGGAAUGUGUAGGCUUUUUAAGAAAAUGAAGCAUUUUUUGUUCUUUUUUUUAAUUAUUAAAAUAACAAACAGUGAAUAUUUUCUUUAUCUGAGCUACUUCCUGUAGGCUAAAACCAAUAGGAAACUUCUAAGUUGAAUAUUGAGUAUUGAAAUAAUUUCAAACAUGACCUUAUUCUUGCUGGUGAGAGUUUCUGCCAUAUCACAUAAAAUAGUUUAUAAAGAGUUUUAGGUUUGCAGCUUUGGUGGAAUUAAACAACCAGGUUGAAAUUGCCUUUGGCAAAACUCACCAAUUAUUCUAAUUUCUUCCAUUUAUUCUAAUUUCCAGCCAGUUAACCAUCCGAUCUGACAAUAUCAUAGUUCCAGUGAAAGUUGAAGUCUUUAAAGUAAAGUCAUCAUUUUUUCCGAUUCAUCUUUUCACUUUUUUUUUCCAAAUACAAACUUAAUAACCUUUCCUGACUCCCAAAACAUUCAUGUUAACAUUAACACCAGUAUAGAAACGAUUGUUCUUAAAAUAACUUAUCAUACUUAUUGGUUUUUAAGCCUUUAUAUUUUUAGUAAGCUUAGGUGUUUGUUGUUUUGUACUGACAGAAAGAAACAGACAAUAAGGACAGACUUCAAACUGGUGGUCGACCAACUACAGUUUUUUGACAGCUGAUGUGUUGAUGUUUAUGUCUUGUCAUUUUAUCCUUUUCAGUUGAUGACUGUGAAGCACUUUGUGACAACUGUUCUUGAAAGGUGCUAUAUAAAUAAAGUUUAUUAUUAUUAUUAUAUCAGCGUUGUGAGGGCCAAUGUUGAUAUGACACGUCAAAAUCCUAUUAAUCGACCUGAUUAAUCUGCCGACCAUUGAAUCGGUCUGUCUUGACUGUAAACUUUCAAAAGGGCAUCAAUUACACAAAGUAAUGAUGUGUAGAUGAAGACUCGUCUACACACCAGCAUGGACGCUGUUUCCAUCUCCGCUUGUGAGGUCUGAAAAGUUUUCUUUAUUAAAUAUGAAAACGGGUAACACCUCGUUCGCUCUCAUAGAGUUACUCUGGUUUGUGUGUCUACUUUUUUCAUACUGUGAUAACAAAACCUGGGUGUGAUCUCUCGGAGACAGUCUGUGCUGUCUGUAAAACACAGGGUGGAGGUUCAGAGCGACAGUUGGACUUGUGGUCAGGGUAUCUCGACAAGUCGACUUUUAUCAGACAGUGUAUGCUGGGUUACUACAUGAGACAACAUUUUUCAUCUUGUUUACAUCAUUCUCUGAGCUGGUUGCAGUUCAUGGUAUCACUGUAGAGUGUUGUUGUGCAGUAAAGUUCACUGGUUGAUUUUAUUUUCAUUGGCAUAAAUCAAGAACAGAUAUGAUGCAUUGGGAGCAACAAACAAAAUGUGCUUUAAAAGCCAAAAUGAAAUCAAUGUUUUCCUGCUUAAACAGACUUUUCAUUUAAACAUUGAACCUUUUGUUGAGUUUGUUUCUCACGUGGCUGUUUUAGAGCAUUUAUUUUUGCUUUGCAUCGGACUGUCCUGAGGGCUGGGUGGGGGAGGAGGAGAUUCUGGGAUCUCUAGUUAAUGAAAGGUAAACAUAGCGUCCAUACUGAGGUGAGCCAAAAAACACAGGGGUUUUCCUCUUCGUCAGGAUAUGAGCUUCAUUCUUUCGACUUAUACUACUACGCAUGACAAUUCACCUUUCUUCUGGCGAAUUCCUUUCUUUGCAGGAGGAACAUUUCCCUGAAAGCUGCUUCACUCUUUGUAGCCACAUGAAUGGUUUAUCCCAUUGUUAUGUGAACUACAGAAACGAACGCAGGAACAACACUUUGACGCUUCACUUUAGCACAAUCAUCCCUGGAUUGCAGUUUACUGGUGCGACAGCAUUUCACAGAGAUGUUAUUUCUGUGGCUGGUCAACCUCUCACACAGUUCUGAAGCCAGCCAGCUAGCUCUGUUUUCAGCCAGCGCAGGCUGCACAGAUCUUUGCCAAGCCGGUGUUGGAGCAUUCAGGCCUGUCACCAAGCCAGAACUCCACUGAGGGCUUUACUAUGUGUUGUGGAAGUGAGAGGGAUAAAGGCUACAACAAACAUUUGCUGAGCAAAGCAGCAUGUGAGACCCUCUCAGUAAAGACAAAGCAGGGAACAUGAGCAGAUAAAGCAAAGUUUAUUGUAGAAUUAACAUCCCCCCUCUGUUUCCAGAGCAGGAUUAUGAUAAAUGUUUUUUAAAUCUUUAAAGCUGGGGGAACUUUUUUAACUGCUCCUCCCAAACCUGUAGCUAAAGUCGAAACAGCAGCAGCAGCAGCAGCCAGUCAGCUUCAGAAAGAAUAUACUUUGUAUGAAUAUCUCAAUGCAAGUGCUCUGCCUUUAGCAGGAGCCAUUAGAGACAAACCCCAGAGGAUGCUGCGGAAGGGUAAUGGAGAAUAUAGAUUUAACUUGUGACCAUCAGCAAAAAUACCAAUUAGAAAUGCAUCAGCGAGCAGCCAGCGAUAGAGCUGCCGGUUGAGGAUUACUUGAAGGCAUGUAUUUGACUUGGAUAUUGCCGGCAGUUGAAGGAGUCUAAUGGAAGUCUUUGCAAAGUCUUGUCACACUUGAAGGAUAAAUCAUAUUAAUGCUGAUGGUUUUUUUUUUCUUCUAGAUAAUUUUACAAAUAUAUGUACAUUGAAAUCAUGCUAUAGCUCUGUGGUAGACAGAACUAACACCAUAAGAAAGUUUGAAGAACUUUGCUACCCUUGUCAGUCGGCACCAGGAUUACCAGUUGGUUACCCCUUAAUGCCUGAAACCACAAAUUAAGGCCAGAAAAUUCAAUUUUUUUGGAGCUGAAAUGUUUAUUUCACUUACUACUGAAAAACAAAAAAAUCAAAAUGACCUUAAACAAAUAUAUUUAUUUAUCUUGUUUGAUACAUUAGAUGUUUUUGGAAACUGAUAAACCACAAGAGGGCAUUUUUAUCAUUUAUUGGACUAUAUGCAGGUGUUUUUUUUAGCAAUUUAUUGAUCAUAUUGAUUUGAUAUGAUCAUAAAAGUAUGUAUCAAAUAUGAUACAAAAGGCAUUAAAGGGCUAAAUAGAUUGGAAGGCCUGAAAUGCCAGUUCUUUCUAACGUGUAGUGCAGCCACCCAACAGCACCAGACAGCUCUGUAGCUCCAGUUAUUAGCCUGUGCCACGAUGUUGUUGUGCUCUUGGCAGAUGCAAAUAAGCACAGAUGGCAGUUUAUAGUGGAGUAUUUUCAUGUAUAAAAUGAAGAUUAAGUUGUAUGCUUCUGAAUAAGCUGGUAUAUAAUCAAUCCUACAGAGCAAUGAGUAACCAGCACACGCAUGUAAACUUUAACCUGCAAGAAGGACCAAAGGCUGGUGCUGCUAGCUCUGCUAACAUUAGCCACACUCUGCAAACAAACUUGACACCAUUUACCCACCUGCUCUGUUGAAUAAAUUGUGCUCAGUUUUGACUGUUUUCUAAAAGGGGUUUUUACCACCAGAGCAGUUAGUUAGUAGGAAUUUUAAUUUCUGUUUGAACGGCUGGAAAAUGAGCCUCUUUAGAGCAUCUCUAAUGUUCUUCUUUCACUGUUUUCUGUUUGCUGCAGCAUCACUCCUGUCCUACUCCUUCCUGACCUCCCCUCUCUGAGCUUCCCCGUGCCUUUCAUUAAUCAUUUACUCUUUCUCCCUGCUCUCUGUCCUUCUCUUCUUCUCUAUACGCUCUUUCUCUUCCUCUCAACCCUCGAGUCUUUUUGUUGCUGCUAAUCUUUUUCUGUUCAUCUCCCUCUCCAUCGCUACAUCUUUAUCUCUCUGUUGACUGGUACAUAACCUAGCUUUGUCUUUCCCUGUGUUCUGUCAGUGUGCAUCACUGCCUUUGUCUGCCAUAAUCUUCCUGCUUUUUUCAAACUCUAUUAGUUUUGCUGUCCCUGUUCUCUUUGUGUGUGUGUGUUUUGUGUUUGCAGAGGAGUUCACACAGUGCAUAUGCAGCUCACACCACUUCAAUUAAUCCACUCACACCUAGCUACCACUGCACAGAUUCAUUAAGCCUAUACUUGGGCCUGUAAUGAAAAUGCAUCAGGGAUUAGUCCGCUGGAACCUGAUUUUCCACAUAAAGUGAUUUGGCCAUGAUCCCGUCGACUGUCCCAAACAAGGUGUGUACAUAAAUAGCUCAGAUUUAAAGAUGUUUUUUACUGUACUGAGGUUCCAUAACACCAAAGGUUGUUGUUGUUUUUUCCCUCUGUUGUCUCUUGAAGCCCUGCAUAUGAUUUGAAUUAUUCAACGUUGUAAUGGGUCUAUAUUUGUCGUUGUUUAUCUUGCCUCAGUGCCCCCACCACCAUCAGUGCUGCCCUACCACAAUCUCUUUCCCAGCUUUCACAUGUCUGUCUGUCAGUCUUUCUGUCUGGAGAGCACAGUCUGCUCUAUCCACAGAGGAAGAUCCACUUUAAUGAAUGAAGUCAAGUCAUUUAGUGAGGCUCUUAAUGGCACAUAAAGCCCCGCUGCUCGCCUUGAUUAAUCAGGGAAAGAGUUUGGCUGUCACACACACGGGGCUGUCCUCAGCAGGGGCCGCAGCUCUUUUAUGACAGGGUCUCUCUAUUCUUGCCAAAGUUGUCUGUAACCCUGAGCUGCCAAGCUCUCUGUAUCCACAGGUGGUAUCUCUUAGUCAGUGGGCGUUUGGACACCAGAAUGCACCAGAGCGAGUGUCUGUUUGGCCUUACUUUAGAAAAGACAUUUUAACAACCACAUUAUGACGACCCAACAUCAGAGUCAAAAGCAGGUGUCUUUGAUUUUGCGUAUCUCCUCACCUGCCAUGAUAUAUUGCAAAGUGAUGUAGGACUCAGUGAGCAAGGACAAAAACAAACGAACAAACAACACACCAAUAAUAAUGUCUCACAAGAGCCAGACUGAUCAUGCUAUCACAAUAAAGGGUUUACGCCAGCAGUGUAAAUGCUUCUAAUCUGAGGUUGAAUGGACUGAACACAGUUAAAUGGCAGCUGAUAUUAGAUCACACUGUGGUGCUUUGUAUUUAUAAGCAAAAUAAGUAACAGGGAAGAGCAGAAAUGUCAAAGCUGUGUAAAUUCUAAGCAGUUUGUACACCAUAGAGUUCUAAGUUUUUAAUAAUAAUAAAAAUACAUUUUAUUUAAAAGCACAUUUCUGGACACUCAAGGACACUUAGAGUAAAAGCAGCAACAUAAAACAAGAAGAUAAGAGCAAUUGAGGAAAUAGAAUAAAAUAGAAAAAAUAUAUAUGUAUUAAAAUAAACAAAAAUAUAACAAGGUUUUUUCACCUUGUAUCACGUAAGUGUCUUGGUCACUAUUCUUUCAAAUAAAGUAACAUAAUUUAUCUAAUGUAGACUUUUCCUGCCAUUUCAACCAGUUACAGUCCUGAAGUUCAGCCGUGAAGAAAAAGUUAAAUUUUGAAAAUGAAUUUGAUUAUUCACUGUGUAACAACACGUCAAUAUCAACCUACUGCAAACCAGCAAAAACAGGUAAAUACAGCCUCAUGUAAACCCUUCUGAGGGCCCUAUUUUUGUUUGUAUUUACACGUCUGAAUCCCAUUUGCACUUAUAUAUACCAACCUCAGACUAACAUGCAUUUGCUAAAUCUAUACACACCUAACCUUAUGCCAGUUUGCACCCACAUCAUGCUGAUCCCCAGUAUUCCUAUAUCUGAGUGAGUACUUCAGUAUUUCAGCAAUCAGUAUUAUUAUUCCUCCCUUUAAUUUUAAUUAUUUUAUUAUUAUCUUAUAUUUUUUUGUAUUUUCCUUGAUUGUACACAGUUAUUACAGUAUUCACAUUGUUAACUAGCUUCUCUAUGUGGCUCCAAUCACCCCAAUAAAGUUUUUUUAAUUGAAUUGAAUUGAAAAUGGUUCAGCCAUAUACUCCAAUCAGCUAUAAUAUUUGCACCAGCUGCCUUUAACUGUGUGUCAUAAGGUCAAGGCCAAAAGUCAGCUUUUGUCCACCAUACACAACAACAGGCCCUGUCUACCCAAAACCCUGUCAUCAGUUCAUUUUCCUCUCAUCAUGUUUGGUGCUGACCUCUGCUGACUGAAAACACCCCACAGAGCAGCAGUUUUAGGGAUGCUUUGACUCAGUCGCCCCUGUCAAAGCCACUCACAUCCUCACUCUUGCUCAUUGUACUGCUAACAAACUUGGACAGUCUUUGCAUGAAUCUAAAAUUGAAAUCCCUUUCAACUAAUAUGUGCUGAUGUCAAGUAAAGCUGAUGCAUGUUGCUAAGUGGUUUUAAACCUCAUAUAUGGCUCAGCUUUGAACUUGGUAGCUCUGUCUGUACCUUCAGUUACUGCUGUCACUGUCCAUGUUGCAUCAGUCUUCUGCAGCAAAAUUAUAUAACAUGGCAGAAAAAAAAAAAUCUCAAACUUUUACAGCACAUUUAACAAAAUAAGCUGCAAAUACAAGUAUAUCCUCAACAACACUAAGAGACGUACAGUAUAAUGGGAUAUUUGAUAAACAACUACAAUAAAGCCCACACAGCACACAAAUGCAUCAAACUGGAGGUGAAUACAGGGUUUAUUCACAAAAAAGGUUUACUCCCUUUAUUGUUUGUUGGAUAUUUAAAGGAUUCUGAUUUUUUUUCCUUAUUCUUUGUUAUUCUCAGUGUUCAAUUUUCUGGAAAGCAAAGAGCUUUAAGAGAGACGAUAACUCUCAGUAGACAGAGUUACAUUAGCCAACAUUAUUCUUUUCUUUGCUUUAAUUUCUGCUUUAAUGCAGAAAUGUAGUCUUUUAAAGCAGGUAAGUAUAUCCAGGAGAUAAUUAUAGUAUUUCCUCUUCCUGGCAGAGACUUAGUUCAAUCUAGGAUUAUUUUCCCAUUCUUAUUACCUCUCACGCAGAACUCAUUGGAAUUCAUUUAAAAUACAAAGAAUUUCAGUGAAUACUCCAGAGCAUGGUGUGCCCGGCUAUCUUUUCUUCUGCUUUAUUUUCAGCCAAGUGUGUAGUAAUUCUUUUCUUUUGCACAAGCAUAGAAAUCAAGCCUGUUUUUUAUUGCAGGUUUUUGUGUUAAUUUGCAGAAGGAGGUCACAGCAGGGUGCUUGGCAAACUGAGAGAACGCUCAGUGAGGAUCCUCAACAUUAGAAUAUUAAAGUUUACAGAUCUCAGGGGUAUUCAUUUUGGGGCUCAUCUGCUGGCACCCCUUCACCUCCAUCAUCCCCAUGUGCCUUUUUUUUUCUAUCUCUCUAAUCCCCCUUCUUCACUUUCUUCUCUACACCAGAACCUUUCAUCUCUCUCUGCUACACUCUGCUGCCACCCUAUCACCCUUCUUCCCUCAUCUUUUCUUCUCCUAAAUAUUUCCUUCACCGUGGAGAUAAAACUGUCUUCUUUUUGCAGGUGUUUGUUUGUCCGUUCAAUUAUUCAGAUAUCACUUGUUAAACUUGAGAAAAAAUAUAUCAUCCUGUUAUUUACUAAGAGAUACCUUUAAGUUAUUUAACUGAGCUUUUGUGCCAUCAGCUUUUAAAUCAUGCAGAUAACAAUUUGCUGGUAAUUGAGAGACUUUUGUUGAAUGAAUAUAAAUAAAAAUCUUUGCAACAAUACCCCCCCCUUUAUCCCACAUUUUUUCUCCAGAAGUCAAUAACAUAAAUAAUACUUUAAAUCACAGCUGGCCAAGGACAUACAGAAUUUGAUGGUCAUAAUAAUGAUGCGUUCGAGUUACCUCAGAAGACAGUUUUAAGAGUUGAAAAUGAUGUCACACCUGAGUUACCAGCACUUCAGUUACCAAGUCUGUGUCUGAAAUGAAUCACUCAGUCCCUAACCCCUAACCCCCAUAUGAGGUUUCACUAUAUAGCUGACUAUGUAGUGAACUCAAUCACUGGAGGUUUUAAACACUACAUGGUGCAUCGUUGUGAUGUCACUGCUCAGACUGCCGCGUCUGAAGUUGCGGCUGUUAUUUUUUACAUCUCUUGAAUUUAAUGAUGUUGUAUAGAUUUAUUUGUUUUUCCAGGAUGUUCGUGAAAUAAAAAAAUAAAUAAACAAUACAAUAAUAAUUUAUUUGAAAGGCCUUAUAUUUUCGUGCAGAAUAUUGUUUGCCGCAUCAUAUUGUGCACGGGACUAUAUGACGCUCCUGUAUAGUAGCUCCUCCAUCUUUGAAUUGCCGCUGGAGACACAAUGCAUGAUAGGAUGCCCACCACCGAUGAGUGACCAUCAGAUGAUCACUACAUUUUGCAGUGCUCUAUGGGAAAUUUUGAGUUGCCUAUAUGGGGCACUGGAAUUGAUCACUCAGAUUUCGGACACCUCUCAAAAUGGAGCUAACUCCCAUACAGUCACCUAUAUAGGGGUUAGGGAUCCAUUUCGGACACAGCCCAAGUCAGAAAAAAGCAAAAUCGGAGGCGGAAACAAGAUGGCCACAUCUAUGAAAGUUAUUUUAGCGCUUGCCUUGUCCAGUAUAACAAGGACAAGGCAGCUCCGACAUCUGACUUCCGAGGUAACUUGAAUAGAGCAUUAGGCUUGGUCUGAUUUCAGGUUUGACUGAAAUUAGAUUAAACUCCAAGUUUAUCUGUCUCUGUUCAGUAUAUUUCAACACAUUACUUUUCAAAGAGAGUAAUGUCCAGUAUGCCCACUGUUCAAACAUAGAGUUACAUCCUUGCUGAUGUGUUGUGAGAUGUACUCUCAUACUAUUCUUACUUCAGUUGUCACACCACAUGGUUUUGAACAAGACAGCAGGAUAAAACAAAUUCUUACGUUUGCUGAAAUGAUCACAAUAUGUACUUUUAAGAGAGGUGGAGUUGUGUUCAGAGCUUGUUGAGUAAUGCUCAAGUGACCAAAAGAUAAAUGAUUGCAGAUUUGGUAUUUGCAAGAUAAGCGCAGUUAUUUGAUGUGAUUGGACAGUAUCCAGCUCAUAGGUGUACAGCCAAAUGUCUUCAGACAGAAUCAAAAGGAAUAAGGCGUCUUCAGCUGUUCAUAACACUUGUAUUGGUUGCUUUAUUUUGUAAAAAUAAUUUGCUGCUGAUUCCCUAAACAGAUAGCAUUUAAUAAAGGCAGGAACAUUCACUGGCUUCUAGAGAUGGUACUGACCCUGGAUUUCCCCAAACAGUAUUGCCAAAAAAAUCUGUAAUAAAAAGAUCUACAGUGAACAAAGUGUCAGAGCAAUAUUUCAUUCAGCUUUUUUUUUUUUACUUCUCUUUCCAAAUAUUUGGUGUGUAAUGAGAUUUUCUGUCUUAGAAGUAUGUCAGUAGGCUAUGUCAGCAUGUAAAUAUGUCAGUUAAGACGCUGAUUCAGACCAGAAAAAUAAUCACUUUUCCAUUUCAUCUUUAACAAGGGUGAAAUAAUCUGGAGAUAAUCUAUAACAAGCAAAUCCAAUCACUGAAGCCUCGGUCAGUUUUGAUUUGGGGCUCCGCCAGAUUUUGAUGGCCGUGGCGGUAAAUUGAUUAGCAGUGAUCUACUGGUCCCUCCUAAAUGCUGAUCAGGGAAAAUCAGUUCACGUCUUAGAUUGUAGUCAAGCUCCGAGCUCCUCUCUGUGCAGCCCAGUCAUAAAGCAGCAUAUAUAGGCGCUGUUUCUGCCUGCUGACUUCAUUAAGCUAAGCUCGCUCUCUGACUGUCGGAGCUCAGCGACAGUCUGGUGGUGAGCAGAUUUACGGGAGCAGCCGGGACAGGGGUCUCUUACAAAUAUGAAUCUAAUUAAAAGUGACUCACAGUUGACAAAAGCACUUGAAUUUGAAGGAGAGCACGGUCAGGUGUGGAUCAUAAAGUCCCCUUUUUGCUCCUACUUCUCUCUGUAUACCGUAUAUACACUCACAUGCACACGCACACAGCUCUGCGUAUGGAAAAGAGGAGGCAAAGUGGGAGACACCUGAUCCCUUCAAUCAUCCUGGUUGCAGCAGUGAUUUAUGUAAAGUGGUUCUUAUUUACAAUACAAAUUGCCACUUUAGACAGGCAGGCAGUAAAAAACAUUCUCAAUUUUCUGAUGUAUGUCCGAUAACAAGGGCAAACACCAGAGGAGCAUCAAUGUAAAACAGGACAAACAUGAAACCAUUAACAAUGCAUCAGCUGCCUCAACUUUAAGCACCACCUCAAAUCCCAACGCAGAGAUUAUUUAAAGUGACAGUUUAUUUAACGAAAAGAGAAUUUCGGUAAUGCUCCACAUCAUAGUGUGAAAUGUAGAGGAUUCUUAACCUUGAACAGUCCUCGUCCUCUAAUCCCCAAGCCUUAUCUCUGCUCUGUAUUCUGACUCAGUUGAGUUCCACUGAGUUGGGUGCUUUCUUUUUUUUUUUCCGUUAGUAUCAGCAGGAGGCUCAGCUGAACAAGUGCUAAGUGAACAAUGAGGGAGCGGCUCGAGGGGGUUUUGUGUUUUCAAAGCCUAUCACUCUUCUUUGAGGAAAUUAGUAGUUUGGAGUUAAAGUUCAAUAGAUAUCGAAUGCUAACAAAGUGUCUGCUUCUGCGGCUGUCUGCUUAUCAGCCCGGUUAAAACUCCACCGUCUGUUCGUGCGCGUUGAAUAAGAGAUUUGAGAGGACUGGUUGGAGUCAGAUUUAUGUGUGUAUUUUGCAGGCGUCAGUGCUUUUAAAGAGUUUGUUGGACCUCCUUGUUUUUUCCUGCUUCCUUUGAUCUUUACUCCAAACUCGCAUUAGCCUGCUUACCUCUUUUACCCUCUUGUGUAAGUCUGUUUCUUCACGUCACCUUUCUCCCCACCGCUGCCCUUAUUCUUCCACUUUUUCCUGCGUUUCCUCAUUUUUACUCUCACCAAAUAUCAAGAGGCAAAGGUCGCAUCUUUUAACUCCUGUGAAAUCAAUCACGGGUCAAACCUUUUUAGAAGCAGCUCCUGAGUGUGUCUGUGUUUUCACGCAGUAAUAGAUAGCUGACUGGAUUCAGGCCAUUGCGUGCCGAGGGAGAGCUUUUGUUUCCUAAUUUACACAACACAUGUUGUCUUCCAUCUUGUGGUGGUCCCUGUGUAAAUGUUGACUGCAGAUUUAUAAGAUUGAUGACUGUGUGUGGCUGAUGUUCGGUGUCUUCGGUUGGCAUGAAAACUGUGCAGAAAAGAGCAGCUGAAACAGUUUGUUCCUCGAAAUGUUCAGGGUUGUACGGUGCCUUGAAAAAAUCAUGUGCAUCUUUUAUUCAUGUUCAGUUGUCGAGGUGUCAAGAGUUUUGUCAAGCCUCUCACUGUUCUGUUAACCUUGUCCCUGUGAAACAGUCAGUAUCUAUCUCUUUGGUUAAACAUUACUGCCAGGCCACAGGGGGAAACACAGAAAGAGAGAGAGAGAGGGGGAGAGGGAGGGAUGGAUGGAUGAAACGCAAAAGGACACAGAGGGAGAGAAGAACUUCUGCUGCCGCUCUAGUCCUUUCAUCAUCAAACAAACAUGGCCUCUUACCAAUAAGAGUGCAAGAAGAAAGCAGCACCAUCAAGACAGCCGAGGUGGAGAAAGUGAAGGAGGAGAAGAAGAAGGGGAGGCUGAGGAUGAAAGUGAUGAAGGAUGGAAAAGGGGGGGGUACCUGUGCGCAGAGCAAAAAGGUGUGCAGUCCAUCAUCUAGAGACAGGCAGACAAGGCUGUCUGGAGAGUUUAUUUUUACCUCCAUAUAGGAGGUGUCUGGAUUGGCUACAGCGAGCGGGUAGCACCUUUCAGGGAGGUUAGAGGACAGCUGCUGUGCUGCUACGACCAUUUUUUACACCUGACAAUACACAAUGAAAAGCAAACGUCAAGACACAACCAGCUCCAGGCUGAGGUGUGCUGUGUGUCAUGUUUGCACUUUAGGGACAGCUGAAUUGAUUUGUUCGCUUACUUUGUUGAACUGCUAACAAUAAAUUUAGAUGUAUUUGUAAAAUCAACCAAAUCAUGAUUGAAAUAUAAUGAUGUAUUAAUUGAACUUUAUAUCUUUAAGUUUUGAAGUAUUGGUAAAACUAGCAGUUUCCUUGUGUCACUGGUUUGUUACGAUUUUAGCCGUUUCAUCUAUUGGAAUUUAUUGGAAUUCAAGGAUAAAGCACAAGUGACUAACGCUCCAUUGUUUGUGUGCAUUGAUUGGACUCGGUGUGAUCUGCCAUUGAUCCCUUGUGUAUCAAUGUUAUCUUGUGUGUACUGGCCAACCCUCCUCUAAGUUGCAUUACCAGUAAAGAGACACGGUUAAGAGAAUCGAUUAAUAAAUCAGGUCUGUGAUUAAAGCCAAGAGUGGAAGUCUGAGGUGAACCUGAGAGGCAUGAGGUGAAGGUACAGCCCUAGAAAGUUAACUCUUACCAUCAAUGUGGUAUUUGUUCCUCAAACUGGUAGAUUUUGAGUUAAGCACUAUGUUGGGUGAAUUGUAAAUAUCUUGAGAGGCAGGGAGAUGAUUGGUGUUUAUCUUUCUGUUCUUGAGGCAAGGUGAUGCCCUCAUGUCUCAAAACAUUGAAUGUUUGAGCUAUUUGGCAACAAAUUUACUCUCAAAGGUUCAUUUAUUUUCAUUUUAGUUCAUCUUGGGAGAAACUCUUGUAUAGAUUCAAGGGAGACAUUGAGCUUUAAACCCCAAAAAGUUAAAACUGAGGUAGAUGUUACACUAGUGCCUCUCACAUUUUUCUUUACCACUCUUUGUUACACUUUGAAAGGUUUACCUCAAGAAGGUCCCCUUUUUUCACCCCCGCUGUUUUUUUAUAAUACCCUGCUAUCUAUUGUAUCUAGGGCUGGGUGAUAAAACAAUAAUGAUAUAUAUAUCGAAAAUUAAUUUCGCUCAAUGUCAAUAUAAAACACGGUCAAUAUCCUUUUCAAUAGUUGGCAUUCUGCCAUGUUUUGGUAGACUACAUGAAGAGCCAAUGAAAAGGGGAGUUACUCUGGGUCGGCUUGGCGCUGAACCAAAUGUGUCCUGAAUUAUAACCAAGUAGCAAACAACUGCGUAGUAGCAGGCUGCAGCUACAUGCAACGAAAGCACUUGAACACGUGAAGCUGACAGCACUGUUGGUGAGAGAAAAAGAAAAUGAGUGCAACCUCCGGCAGACAUGCAGAUGGAGGCUCAACAGAUAAUGGCAUCGCCGACAACACUGGCAUGAAAACGUCAGUGGUGUGGGGGAUAUUUUGUUUUUUCGAGGUUGGACAUGAAGCAGAGUAAUGUGCAGCGCAAAUUAUGUUGCGUACAUGUUCUCACAAAAUCAGGGAAUACCUCAAAUCUUUUUCACCACCUGAGGCAGUGCCACCUGGCAGAGCACACACAAUGCAAAAGGUUACAAACCCCGAGCGGAGCAAGGAGCCCAUGGCGCCCGUGCAGCAGAAACAACCGACCAUUCAGUCCGCUUUCUCUAGCGCAACGCCUUACGACAAAAUAAUAGACACAAAGACCUCACAGAUGCAGGAGCUUAUUGUAUUGCAAAAGACAUGAUACCAAUAAGCACUGUUAAAUUUCAUUAUUUAUAUUGUGAUAUCAGUAUCAACUGAUGUGACAAAAAUAUAUUGUGCUAAACGUUUUCAUAUAUCGCCCAGCCCUAAUUGCAUCCAUAGUUAAAUGUUUGAAUCUUACUGACAAAUCUGACCAUUUUUCUUCUUCUGUGUUUUUCUAUUUUUUGUGCAGGUUAGCGCUUUAUGUGUAUGAGUACCUGCUGCAUGUAGGAGCACAGAAGUCAGCACAGACCUUCCUGUCAGAGGUAAGUCACCAAGAUGCUGUGAGUGUUUGUCUGAGAUUACAGUCCAUGUGCUUUAUGUGUCUACUCUGAAGGUUGGUCUGACCCUCAUACGUGUAAGUGUUGAAGCUAAUUAAAUUAGCCCAGCCACACAGUGCUGAGCCAGUUCAGUGUUAAUAGCUGACAGGCUCUUUAACAUUAGUGUUGCGUUUGGUGGGACUGAAAAAAAAGAGCACAGAGUUACGAUGCUGAGCUCGGAGCUGACGUCUUUCGCUGACAUCAUUCUGUGAUCCGCUCAGCAGCUUCGCUCAGUCCAUGUCUCUCAAUCUAAUUCUUUUUCUCUCUGAGUCCCCUGCUUUUUCUUUGUCAUCCUGCUUCCGCUCUCGACUUGUCUUCCUCUGAAGCAAGCCUAUCUUCACUUUUCUGGCAGAGGUAAAAAGGUGAUGGGGUGAAAGCGAGGUCACUCGAUUCUGGUGCUCGGCUGUAAAUGACAGUAAAUUACAAUGUAGGAGACAGUGGCUGGAGGCUUGUUGUACAUGGGCCAGAGGAAGAGGAGAACAAAGACAGGGGAUGGAAAAGGUUACAUCAUCAGCUGGCACCAACACUCGUCACUCUGGUGCGUGUUCAUGCACAUAGUACACGCACACACCUCUCUGUCUCUAUGACACCCUUUCCUCUCUGCCAUAUCACUUGCUCGUUCUUCCGCAGAUGUGGGAGAUGAAAAGGAUAGGCGGUGUCGUAUUCAAGUGUGGGAACGCAUUAGCUAUGGGUGCAACAAGUAUAAACACCACCACUUGUAUACAAAAAAAAUAAGUGCACUCACACACAAAGUAAAUAUUACACAAUGCUAUUUAUCUUUCUGGAAUUGUAGGGUGGAGUAAAACAGGCCUGUUAUCUACUUUUUUAUCAUCAACAUCUGUUUACAGAGUAUCUCCAGGCCUUGUAGGGAACAAGAGCCCAGGAAGACUACUCAAACUUUGAGAAACGAUAUAACGGCCUGUUACAAAAAUAUAUUCAAAUCAAAUACAUGAGAUGGAAGAGAAAUGAGAUGAAUUAAAUGGGUGAGUUUUGUUUCCCACCACACCAGUGGGAGGGAUGAACUGCAGGUAGGGUGUCCUUAUACAGCUUUUUCACUUUGAUACGAUACCGAUAUUGUAGCCUUCAGUAUUGGCCGAUACCGAUAUUGAUCCAACGUCUUUUUCGGAUUUAGACGAAAAAUACCGCCACAUGGCCGACAUCACUCCUACUCCUUGCUACCUUGUUUGUACCUCAGUACACACUGUUGUUGUGAUUACAUGGGAUCUGCAUGCUGGAUGUGGGCGCCGCUAGACAGAGGUGACCGAGCGGACUCACUGUAAUGGGCUGCUCUUAUCAGAGUGCUGCUACUGGAGAUUUUAGAUGCAGGGUGAUAUUAUCUGAUAUUCAUUUUUUAGGUAACACUUUACAACAACCAUAAUUUAUAAAUGGUAUAUAGAUAGUUUAUUAAUGUUUAAUCAUCUUUAAAAAAGCAUAUAGACCAAUUAUAAAUGCCAAAUAGAUAGUUUAUUAAUGUAAGUUAAUAGUUACUUUAACAUUAACAAGAAAUGAAAUUAUGAUUUAUAAUUUUCAUUAAUUAUUUAUGGACUAUAUAUUAAAGGUUUAUAUAGAGUUUAAAUAUUGGUUGUAAAACAUCUAGAUUAAAAUGUGUGUCAGUAGCACUUUGUAAAUGGUUAAUAUUUGGUUUUUAAACCAUCUAUAAACAUUACUUAGAUGGUUAUUGUAAAGUUGCAACUGAUGUUUGUAAAUGAUUAAUAAGUGCUUUAUAAACCACCCAUAAGCAUUACUUGGAUUGUUAUUGUAAAGUUAGGGUUAGGGUUAGUUUUUUAAAUUUACAAUUCAUUGAUGGUCUAUAUGCUAUUUAUAAAUGAUGAUUAAACAUCACUAAACUAUCUGCAUACCAUUUAGAAAUGGUCUAUUUACCAUUUAUAAGUUAUGGUUCUUGUAAAGUUUUAGCGUUUUUCUGUUUUUUUUUGUUUUUGUUUUUUUGUUUUUUUGUUUUUUUGUCGUUGUUGCUAUCGGACCGAUAUCUAAUAUCAAUAUCGGAUGGGGGCAUCCCUAACUACAGAACCUCUUUCUCUCUCUGUUCACCUGCAAAGCAUGUGCCAGAAACUGCAAGUAAUUAGAUGCAAGAGGGGAGGGAGAAACAAGGGAUUGUCGUCAUCACUGAUUGCGGAUGCUAUCUCAUACAGACAGUGAAAAAGAAAAACCUGAAAAUGGUCUCUGUUACACUGUGUGUCCAAAAGUAUACUUGGUUGGCUUGCUUAGGUAUCAUCUAUGUGUGGGAAACACUUUUCCUGGUAUUUGGUUUGUGAAAGAAUAUUAAAGUGACUGCUGAGUAUCUUUUACACAAAAGUAUGCAAGGCACUAAUCAUAGGAUUGAGUCACAUGGCAGCAAAGGAACUAUUUACUCUCAGUACUGGCUUUGUCCAGAGGUUCAGUUUUGAUGGCCACAGCUGUUUGAGUGUGGGGAAUGUGCUCCAGUGUAAGAGUUAAGCAGCAAAUUGUAGCUUUGUUAUAAUUUAUCACCAAGCCACAUAACCCUCCACUAAGAAUGCAGUUCUGAGUGAUAACUGGGCCAUCUCAGGUGUUGCAUGUGUAUAUUCAAGCAUUUCGAUGCAUUCAGUGACUGAUUAACACAAGUGCCUUCAGAUGGCAGAGCUCUUGCUUCCUCCUCCAAUAUUGACUUAACUUUCAGUGAAGUGCUGUAUUCAAGCAGCAACCUUCCAUGUUGAGAGUCCACUCGAGGCUGUCUCCAAAAGGUAACACCAUCAGAGCUCAUAUUAAAAUGAACAUCUUAAAAGCAGAAUUAAACAUGUUCGCACCCUGGUUAAAUUAAUUCUGUGGUCUUUUCUUGAGUCAUGGAUGUGUUACAGCGGGCAAACUUUUCCUCAACCCAUGUGAUUUUAAUUAUACCAAGGCUAUAAUUCAGGCAUAGCCGGAGGCACUGCUGUCUUCACUCGUAUGUAGAUGAAGCCGGUUGCCAUGCAGAUCAAGCUCCACCUCCUUGAAGGUUUCUUAAUUAGUCAAAAGCCACCAUCUCUGAGUGCUCUGGUUACCACCAUCGUUUGGGCUUCAUUGCACCUCUUCAAAAACCUUUAAAGGGAUAUUCUGCCGUAAAAAUUAAUUUAGGGUCAAACACACUGUAACACUGAGUUAGACACCCCUGAGAGAGAUGAAUGUUGCUGACCGCUUGCUUCUCUAGUUUUACCAACUUUAGUAACGACCACAGGAUAGCAAUACACAGUGGUCUACGUCUCCACGCUUAAACCUCAACCAAAACACCACUCUAUAGCCACAAAUAAUGUUCAGAACAGCACCUACCUUCAUCAACAGUACAUAUAGGGUCCUAGCCACAGCACUAGCCACCAAACGUAUUUUCAACUUUGCCUAAUUUCUUCAGCAAAGAGACCAAACACAACUCACCUACUCUCUUCCAGCUCAAGGAAAAACAUUUAUGAUCAUUUCUUUAUCAUUUCCUUGAGGUAAUGAUCACCAUAUUAAUCAUUUUGCACUGCAAACGCCGUAGUUCUUUUGCCUUUGUGUCUUGAUCUGAUUGCAUUUCCAUUUUCCGCUGUGUAUUGCUAUCGUGCGGUCGUUACUAAAGUUGGUCUAACUAGAGAAGCAAGCGGUUGGCAACAUUCAUCUCUUGAGGGGGUGUCUAACUAAAAUUGAUUUUACGACGGAAUAUCCCUUUUAAGGGGGGUCACUGAGGUCCCACCCAUGUUUGCAUCCUGUCAAUAUUGUCUGUGUCCGAAAUGAAUCACUCAAUCCCAAAUCCCUAACCCCCAUAUGAGAUUUCACUAUAAAGUUGACUAUGUAGUGAACUCAGUGAUUGUGGAUGCGAUCUCAUACAGACAGUGGAAAAAAACAACGUGAAAAUGGUCUCUGUUACAUUGUGUGUCCAAAAGUAUACUUGGUUGACUUGCUUAGGUAUCAUCUAUGUGUGGGAAACACUUUUCCUGGUAUUUGGUUUGUGAAAGAAUAUUAAAGUGACUGCUGAGUAUCUUUUACACAAAAGCAUACUGCAAGGCACUAAUCAUUGGAUUGAGUCACAUGACAGCUCAAAGAACUGAUUUACUCUCAGUACUGGCUUUGUCCAGAGGUUCAUACAUGAUGGCCACAGCUGUUUGAGUGCCGGGGAAUGUGCUCCGGUUUAAGAGUUCAAGCAGCAAAUUGUAGCUUUGUUAUAAUUUAUAUAAAGCCACAUAACCCUCCACUAAGAAUGCAGUUCUACAGUGAUAACUGGGCCAUCUCAGGUGUUGCAUGUGUAUAUUCAAGCAUUUCGGAGACCGAAGCAUUCAGUGACUGAUUAACACAAGUGCCUUCAGAUGGCACAGCUCUUGCUUCCUCCUCCAAUAUUGACUUAACUUUCAGUGAAGUGCUGUAUUCAAGCAGCAACCUUCCAUGUUGAGAGUCCACUCGAGGCUGUCUCCAAAAGGUAACACCAUCAGAGCUCAUAUUAAAAUGAACAUUUUAAAAGCAGAAUUAAACAUGUUCACACCUUGGUUAAAUUAAUUCUGUGGUCUUUUCUUGAGUCAUGGAUGUGUUACAUGGGGCAAACUUUUCCUCAACCCAUGUGAUUUGAUUAUACCAAGGCUAUAAUUCAGGCAUGGCCGGAGGCACUGCUGUCUUCACUCGUAUGUAGAUGAAGCUGGUUGCCAUGCAGCUCAAGCUCCACCUCCUUCAGUAGUUUCAUGUGAACUACAUGGUAAAAUGUAAAACUUUUGGUUCCUGAUUUAUGCAGUAAAAAUAUUCAUUUGAAAGACCUGGCCUAUUUCAGUUUUGUGUGUUACUGAUGGUUUUUAAUGAGGCAAACGUGAUUCAAUGCAAAGUAUUACAGUGAGCGCAAAACAUUUCUUAUCCGAUUACUCGAUUAAUCGACAGAUUAAUCGAUAGAGUACUCGAUUACUAAAAUAAUCGAUAGCUGCAGCCCUAAACUCAAUCACCGGAGGUUUCGGACACUACAUGGCAUAACGCAAUGGAUGACGGGAUGCCCACCACCGGUGAGUGACCUCAGAACACUACAUUUUGCAAUGCUCUAUGGGAAAUUUUGAGUCGCCUGUAUGGGGCACUGGAAUUGAUCACUCAGGUUUCAGACACCCCUCAAAAUGGCGCUAACCCCCAUAUAGUCGCCUACAUAGGGGUUAAGGAUCCAUUUCGGACACAGCCAUUGUGUGCAGAGACAGGCAGGUGUCACCUGAUUACAACUGACCACACCUCCUCAGAAAUUAUCUUAACAGAUAGAUAAGCUGUUUGUAAAAGGUUGUGGUUUUUCCCACCUCAAUUAAUGUGCCAAUUUAUUAACAACACUCUCAACUUUGAUAUAACUCAUGCAUUUUACUAUUUAAAGCCCCCUCCUUUCCGUAGACUUUUUAACUUUUUAAAUCUCAGCGUUUAGUUUACUCCUGCAACAUGCUGCCUCCAUCUGCCAGUAAUCAUGAGAUCUGACUGUAGCAUGCUGAAGGUAAAUGAAUGAACCUCCGGGGAAUGCAGACCACAAGAAGACAGGAUAUGCGGGCACAGCCAAUGCUAUUUUCUUCUACGCUUUCCAGAUGAAGGAAGGAUAAAAAGUGUCCUGACCUGAACUGCAUGCAAUCAUGUUUGGACUGAGCUGCAGCCAAUUAGAUGUGAGAAAUGAGGGAUGUCGAGCCUAUUCUGCUUCUUUUGUACCAUGUGCUCGGUUAUGAGGGAGAAAAUCCUUCUUUGUCAUGGUGUAUAUGGGCUGUCUAUAAUGUUCAAGUAAGCUGAUGUCUUCACUCUAAGAGCUAACUAAGACUGAAAGCAUGUGGGAUAUACAAAGAAAGGCUGUUCCUGACCCCCUGAAAAACUUCAAAGAAAGGCAUUCUUUCUAAAAGUCAGUGUGUCUGAUCUGCAGCUGAGGUCAGGAUGCUCUGAAAGAACACUGAUAGAGUUGUUGCAGAGCUUGUUCACUAUUAUUGUAUUGCAGGGGCUACAGAAGUCAACAUAUUUAACCCUUAAAAACUAUGACUGUAAUGUAUGUAAAAAAAAGAUGAACAUGAGGUUAUUUGAAAUAGUCAGACAGUGAGAUGUCUGUUCACAGAAAAGGGAGGCAGACUAAACAAUGAUGUCAUAGUCUGAUAGAAAAGGCCUGACUGUUGGAAGUGUGUUCUGUGUGUGUCUGCCAGCGUUUUUCUGCACAUCUGUUAAGUUCGUGCAAACAUAAACCACCUGUAUUUUGACUGAUAUUAGCUAUAAGGUGAAUCACCAUCUACCAGGUCUCAGUGUUUUCAGUUAAUAUCUGAAAUUCUGUUCUCGUAGCAUCACUUGACCUUUCACUGAACCUCUGCCCCCAUUUCUGUGUUGCUACAUCUGCAAAUUGUCCUCUUUUUACACAGACUGUUUAUCAAAAUGUACGCUCAGUUUUUUAAAGAGUCCGUUUUUUAAAUCUGACACAGUGAGGUUAAGAGGUUAAAAAGCCCUGCAGUCCAGUCCGUUGACCUUUUUGAAUUUCUCCUCAACGUAUUUCAAGUCUUUUGGUUUUUUGUUUUGGAUAAAUUAGUGAAAAAAGAGAAAAAAUAGCCUGAAAUUUGCAAGCCCAAAUUAUUCUUGGACCUCUUAGUGAAUUUAGUAUUUUUAUGUAACUUAUAGGUCAAACAUAAUACUUUAUAUGGAUUUGUCAUCUUGAUAUAACCUAAUCCAACAAAAGUCACAGUUUGUUCUUAAAGUGAGCUAUUGUCCAGGUUCUUCAAUAUGUCAGCUAUUAUAUGUCAAACUUCCUUUAGUUGCCUUUGCAUCCCUUUAAACAGUGAAGAAACUUUCAAUUUGAAGACUAGUUAAACCAGAUAGAAGUUUUGUUUCUGGGUAAACCCACAAAAUAAUGGUUUCCCUUGAAAAAGUCUCAGGUACACCUCUGAGAACUCUUUAGUUCUCAGUUUUGUCCUCCACACAAUGAGUUCAGUCAUUAGUUAUUGAAACAAAAGCAAAUGCAACACUGUGAAGACCUUGAAGGACUGGCUAUGUAGAUGCCUUGUCAUGAUUAGUCAUGAUUCCUUAAUAAUAAUAUUCAUCAAUCCUGGCUUUAGGCUGAGGACGAGCCUAACCACUGUGAACUCAGUGGGCUGUACGGACUAGUCCAUGUUAAGAACUCUCAUGUCUUCCUUGGUCUGUUGGGUGAGAGAGAAAAGAGAGAAGAGGUGAAAGCAGUGGGGGUAGAUAAAGAAACAAAGGAAGUAAAACUAAGAUAAAACUAUGCAGGAUUGGAGAUGAAAUUAUGAGGAAAGAAUGAAUGAUCAAAGAGUGAAUUAAGCAAAAGAAGCAGCAGAACAGAUGACAGAGUAUCAGAGUCAGGGGUGUGUGGGCUGUACAAAGGAUUGAUUUGGCUCCACAGGUCUGUACAUGUCUUGGACCUCAGACAUCCCCUAACACAAUGAACACAGACAUAGACAGACCGACUGAGGCAUUUCCAGGCACACUCUCUCACUUACCAGUGAAACGACAAGCUUUCAGGCACACAUACGUUCACUUAUCCACUUAAGAAUCUAUAGCAUGAGAACUGAUAUGUAAUUACAUGACGGCAUGUGCUAUAAGAAUUCCCUUGCAUCUUCUUAAACCUUGUAAAGCCUGUAAUUCAGAUGUCAGACAUAUUAAAUACUGAACAUGUUUCUCAAGCAUCAUCUCUCGUCUGUCUGUGUGCAGAUCCGAUGGGAGAAAAACAUCACGUUAGGAGAACCUCCGGGGUUCCUUCACUCAUGGUGGUGGUGAGUGUUUCCGUGCCUUAUGACUAUGAAGCUAACCUCACUAUUUUCACCCCCUCCUGAUUUUUUAAAAUGUACUCUCAUGUUAAUUAAUUGCCUUCUUAAGGUUCCUGUUUGCAAAUUAUACUGCUGUCACUUAAGAGUUUUUCAUUCAGAUCAAGAUAAUGAAAUCUUACUUAUCGCCUUUAUCCACAAUGGAUUAUUAUGAUUUAUAUGUUAGGCUCCCAUUCUUUUCACUGACUGUUUUUUCUGUGUCUUGUAGUGUUUUCUGGGACCUGUACUGUGCAGCUCCAGAGAGAAGAGACACAUGCGAACACUCCAGUGAAGCAAAGGCCUUCCAUGACUAUGUAAGUCUGAUGUAACGUGGCCCCCGCUCCCAUGCUGGUCUCAUGGCACGCUCUGAUUAUCACAGGUUCUGAGCUGGGAGAGAUCGAGACACCCUCAUUUUUAAGUAAACAAAAAAAAGUUUGUCAGUUUCUUUGGUCUGAAUGAGAUGACAGACAGUUACAUAAGCUGUCUGACUGACAAACGCUUCAUCUGUUCUGUCAUUGGAGACACUCCCCUUGUUUUUAUAGUGAUUUGGUGAUGUGGUAAAAGCAGUAAGUUUGGUCUAUAAUGAAUUUUUGAUGGAAAAAAAGGUUGUCAUUAAUCACAAAGCUGCAGGUAGCAGUUGUGUUACUAAAAAAACAUCAGGUUACAGGAAAAGUUUUGCAGUCUUCCUCUCUUUGUGCAUCCAUCUCCAUGCCCCUGUCGCUGGCGUCUGUCUGUGAAACAACCAUUUUGAAUAGGACAGAAUAGAAUAGGUAGAAUAGAAUAGCCUUUAUUUGUCAUUAUGCAGGAUUUAUACACAUCCAAAUUGGAGAAGCGUCUCUGCAGGUGUGUUACAAGAUAGAUAAAAAUAUGUUUGUCUGGCAAACAAUCUUAAAAACAACGAACAAGUUCAAAGCCGACAAAUCAGCGAUACAAUGCCAUGAAAUAUUACAGGGAACAAAUUCACAGAAUUUAUGCAAUGAGGCUUUUGCACGAGGAUUGCAUAAAUAUACAUGUUUGCAGUAUUGCACAUUGGGUGAGGUGGUGUGUCUGGCAUGAGGAUUAUUGCACAUGAGAGUUCAGUCUAGUAACGGGAAAGAAACUGUUAGCCUGAUAAUGGAUCAUUUCCUGAUAAGACCAACCCCUGACACCUGUAUCACACCCAAGAGCAUCUCAUGAUAUGAAUAAAAAACAUACAUUAAAUGGGACCACAAAACAUGAAGGUACAUAAUUAAGCUGAUCAGAUAACAUCAGGUUAGAGGAAAUAUAAUCCAGUACAAUCUCCCCUCCCCCUUGUCUCUCUUAAUCUACAGUUUGAUGUAGCUAUGUGUAGCUCCAUCCUCAAAGAUUUGAUAGGUAUGCUUGGUAGUUUAACAGAAGAGCAUGUGUAUUAUUUCUCAAUUACAGUACAUUUGAUAUUAAAGUUAAUAUCUGAACCUUUAUCUGAACCAGUGUUACAGUUGAAGGCGGAACCAGGUUGUCCAUAGUUUAUACAGUCUAUGGGAAUUAUGUGAAUAAACAGUCUAUCAAUUCAAACUCUUUACUUGAUGAGUCUCAACUGACCUCAUGGUGUGAAGAAAAUAUGUUUCAUUUACUAUCAUUACAGUAAGACUGGAGAUUUAAAUGAGCAACAAAACAACAGUGCAGUGUGUUUAUGUGCCACAUACCACUCCUUACAGACACCCACUCUCAUCAUUUCUGCUGCAGGAGGAUCUCUGCAGGUGUCAAACAAACCAAAAAAGUAUCAGAUUUAACAAAGCAGACACCUGGGAUCCAGUGUUUGACUCACUUUAAAAGCCUAACAUUUACAGGCAAACAGUCACGUUACCAGUGGCCCGAGUCACUUCAGCAUCUCACUUGUUUUUCUGGGUUCAACAUGGACAGGUAGACGUCAGAGUUCGGGCUUGUCCUUUUAAUGCUUCUUUCACAGAUUGACCAGACAUGUUGCACUUUCGUUUGCAUUCGCUGUGAAGUCUUUGAAAGCCACAAUCACAAAUCUUGGCGCCAACAUGAAAGUACAUGAUCGCACAUGCAGGUGAGGACACGUGCCAGCUCUUGCUCAAAACUGACAACAAUCCAUCCUUCAUCUUCUGACUCAGAAAGGCCCGUGUCCUAUAGCUCAAGCCUGAGACUCAAGUGUGAGUCCUGGACUUGAACUCUAAAACAGUUUUCAGAGCAUUUACCUGAACCCUGUUUGGUUUUAUUGCUGCGAAACAACUCUAAAUUGAAAGUGGAAUGAUCUUGUAAAAAAAAAAAAACAGACCUUGAUUUAAAAUGGUGUCUAAUUGAUGUUUGCAGUGAUGAUGAUGAGUCUGCAAACAAGAAAUAUAAAACACAAACAGAGGAGUGUUUGUACUACCUGCUACUUGAGCUCAACCUGCAGCUCCGAAAUGCUGCACACACACACACACACACACACACACACACACACACACACACACACACACACACACACACACACACACACACACACACACAUAUUCUCAUAAAGCACUGUGAGCACAUUAUGCUGAUGAGCAGACUGGGCAGGCAGACAGCAGCCCGUGUGCUGCAAACAUUGUUUAUUGCUGUGUUUUCUCAGUGUGGCUCCACUUCACCGCUGUAAUUCCCGCACACAGAGGCACGGGUUGAUCCAGUCAUGCACCAUCCAGUAACAGGAAUACAGUGAGCUGUGCCAGAGAGAAGUUUUGGAUUAGGUGGUGACUAAGAGAGAAGAGGUACAGCCCUCCUCAUGGGAACUUGUGAGUUGGAGGAAGAGGAGGAGGAGGAGGGAUGGGUUUUUCUCUCCUCUUUAUGUUGUUGUUUUUCCACUGAAGCCCAAGUCUGACUCAUCAGAUUUGUCUGUUCUGUGGUUUAUUGAGAUGUAUUGUCGGAGAAGCACAGGUCAGGGGUUUCUGCCUACCCCAGCAAGUUUGCCCCACCACCCCCCGACACUCUUUCUCUCUCUUUCUCAUUCUCUUUUACUUUCUCUAUCUUCGUGGUUCUCCCUCAUUUCCUUCAGGCCUGCAACCCUGCAGAACCGGUGGCGACUCUCUCCUCUUUUAUCUCCUCGCACUACGGGUGUAUGUGCUUGCGUAAAUGUGUGCGCAUACGCAGGUGAUGCUGCUGAUGCUGGCGAUGAUGAUCAGGGUGAUGAAUAGGCGCUCCCAAGGACGAGGCGGCUGUGUGAUGAUGUCAUCCUGGCUCCAAGUAAGGGAGCUGGAGGGCAGCACGACCUCAGCCUAGGGGGGGACAGUAGAGGGGGAGGAGGAAAACAGACAUCUGAGUGUGGAUGAAAUAGAUGGACAGAGAAAAUUGGUCAACAAUCGAAAAGACUCAAAUUUCUGCCUCUGAUUGAUUUAUUAAUUUCAGACCCUUUAAAAUUGAUGCACAUCUAACCGUGAAAACGAUGCAUCAUCAGUAUCUCGUUAUUUUUCAUACCCGAUCAUGCAUGUAUCUUAACAUCAAUAGCAGGGACCACCAGCAACUUAUUCCAACAUUUCCUGCAGGGUGGUAAUCAGAGAGUUAUAAUUAGACCAAUUGUAAUUAGACCAAGGUCACUUUCAAUCAACUGCUCCUAUGCUGCGUCGCUCCUCAGAUCCAAUCAGAGGUACUACCUACAUAUCUGCCGCUCAAUUAAAACAAAAACGGAGAGACGACUGCAGAGGCUGUCUUUGGAAAACGUAGCACGUCUUAAUUUGACAACGGCGUCUCCCUUUCAGUCUCCUGACUUUGAGAUUGAUGGAGAUUUUAAUCAGACAUUUCGAUGGUAAUUAUUUUCAGAUAGCUAAUUACCGAGCUAAGUCCUAAUUAAUGCCAGGGAGAUGUAGGGGCACAUUCACAUCGUCUUUGGGCCCUUUUUCCUUUGAUAAUUGUGAGGAUUGUGACAAGGCUUUUGACUUGAUUUAUGCUAUUAUCCCAGUUAGAGCCCCCUUACCGUAGAUACAGUUGUCUUUGAGUUAAACUGAUUUAAAGGAACAGUGUCUUCGCAUGGUCUGUUUUCACGUGUGGAGUUGUUCAUAUGAACGUGCCUUCCAGGACAUUAUGUCAGUACUCUAAUGGUAAAGUGGUAAGAAAGACGACUGGCAAACAAAUAGAAAAGAGAUGUAAUGCUAUUGAUUUCCAUCCUCAGACAAGAUUUUUCAUGCACCAGAAAGGCCAUUUACAGUUCUGUUAAGUGCUUUGUAAAUUGUAUUUUCUGCUCUAAAUUAGUGGUUUCCAUUUGUGAGGGACCAUAAAGUCAUAAAAACAAGUUAUUUUUGAGUUCGUACACUGGGCGAGGAAACAGCUUUAUCGGAGAUUCAAGUCACUGGAUGAUGCUUUUCCUCCUACAGGGAACAAAAUUCCAGUCCACAUGGGUUAUUGUUGGUUUUACGCGUAGACUGUAUAUCCUAUGGACAACUUGGUUCCGCCUCCCGCCAGUUUACGGAUUUGAAGCUGAAAAGCUCUUGGUAAUUUCGCAUUUUUCUCCAUUUCCUGAAACCAACAUUGCGCAAUAAUAUUGUAGUUAUUCAGUGGGAGAGUGGCCAAGAGUCGCUGUGAUGACGCUCGGCUCAAACAGCGUAUCCCCCGGGUGAGCUACGCAAUCUUCGUACACCCAUAGGCUGUAUCAAGUGUCAAUCAUAGAAAACAUGAACCCCCUAAUAACUUUUAAAAAUGGAGCUGUACAGAAAAAAGAGGACUUGAGCACAAACCAGUCUUACUGUAACUACAUGUCAACAUCGCAACCAGGGAGGAGAAAAAUUUAUAUUCUGUGGAACAAAUUUCCUAAGUUUGUCCCCAUGAGGAUGGCUAGCGGAGGCGGGAUUUAUAACCUAUACUGCAGCCUGUCACCAGAGGGCGCUGUUCUCGGAGUGGCUUCACCCAGUGAGGAGGCAGACGAUGUCCAUUCUGUAUACAGUCUUUGUUUUACCUGGUAGAGUUGUGGGUUUAAAAGCUGAGAACUGUAACAUAACUUUACUAUCUCAGUACAGCACAUAAAUUAUCCUAAACAAACAGUAACACAGCUAAAUUGCAUUGUUUCAUAAAAAUAGAGACAGAGCAGGAAUUGAUAGUAAUUUUAUGUUUUGAAGCACGUCAUCCAGAAACAUUAGAUGGCACUAAAGCGUUGUAUAAGGAGAGAAAACCCUCAAAUUUCUGUGAUAUUUCACAAAAUAGGAGCAAAUUAAUAGAGAACACAAGAAAGAAUCGCAGCAGCAUGAAAUUGCUUGUAAGACCUGAUGAAAACAUACUGAGCUUAAAUGCUGCAUUUCAUUUGCAACAUUAUGGCAUUUAGAUCAUUUAAAUGUUUGCUGCUCUGAGGAAUGGUUCAUUUAAUUAAAACACAGUCACCUUUGCCAUUCACAGAGUAAUUAUAAAUGACCUAUGCACAGUUUUUAGAGACUCUAGGAGAAGCAGUGUAGAGGGUAAAGAUGUUGACUCGCACUGAAACGGCUGGCAACUUAGAAAAGAGGUGAACUUCUGAAGAACUAAUGGAAAAAAAAACAUGAAGUGAACAAUAUCUCACUCCUGAUUUCAUGAGAUUAUCAGUGACCAGCAGCCUUACUGGUUGUUUUUGCAGCUUCAGGAUAAGAAUAUGCUUUUUAACUGAAGCCAGUGAGUGGUUAAAAAAACUGGUUCCUCUCAAUGAACCAUGAAUGAUCUCUGUGAAGUGUUUCACUGAGUGAGAAUAUGCUAUUAGCUUAGACUCCUGUAAUUUUUUAACUUUAGCUGAUCAUGUAGGAUCACACUAUUUGCUUUCAGCUCUUUAUUUUUGUGGAUUUUGGAAUAAUUUCAAUAAAGGAAAGCCCAAAAGAACAUAUCAAGAUCAGAAAAUGGAAAAAUAAAAGAAAAUGGAAGAAUCAAAACCCAGUUAGACUAACCUUUUCUCUUCAUUUUUUAGUCCUGAUCCUUUUUCUAGAAAAAAAAAGAGAAAAUUGGAAUUUAUUAAGUCCAAUAAAUACUUUGUUCAAACAGAAAUUUUGUAGCUCUCUGUGAAACCAAGAGUCUUCCUUGGUACCCCUCUUAACUAGGUGCCUGAAAUCUGUGAAAUCUAAGGAAAAGGUUCCUAAUGUGAAUGGAUGAUGACUCCUCAAGUGGACACAGAGUUUCCCUGAAACCAGGACUCCAACAUACAGUUUAAGACCAAAUUUAAUGAACAAAUAACCUCAGUUUUUGUAAAGAGUUUUUAAUUGGUGAUGAAAGAUGCUGAAAUUAACACUGGUGCUGUUUUAUGAACUACAAAAGUAAAGCAGACCAUCAGCAUAAACUUUGAUUAUUGUUUAAUAGUUAUUACUAAUGCCUGUAAACAUUGCUGCAGAGUAGGCGUCAGUUGUCAUAAUAAUAAUUAUGAUAAUUUCAUUUAUGUAGCACUUUUAAAAACAGAGGUUUACAAAGUGCUUUGACAAAAGAGCUUUAGCACAAGGACUUAAAAACAAAAAUCCCAGUUCAAAUCAAGGUCUCAGAAUUGAAGGCCAUUUUCAUAUGUCAUAGGGAAACCAGACAAUACAAGAACCAAGAACCAACUACAUAAAUUGAGAUCAUGAGGACCAAAAUAAAAGCUAAGAUCAUAAAAUUAGUAGGAAAAAGAAAGUACAAUAUAAAAGGGGGUUGAAAGCAGAAAACAGGAUAGCAAAAACAAAAAGAAGAUAUAAAUAAUGAUAAUAAAGUAAUGAUGAUAAUAAUAGUAAUGAUAUAAUAGAAAAUCAGAAAUGAGCAAUAGAUAAAGCAAUAAAAAAAGCCUAAAAGGUUAUUUAAGAAAAGAUUACAAGUGUAACAAAAACUAAAAAGACAGUAAAUCCGAAAUAAGCUAGAGAUAAAAGAAAAAAGAGCGUUACAUAAAAGCAAAUCUGUAAAAGUGAGUUUUUAAAAUUGACUUAAAAGUAGCGACUGAAGAAGCAAAAUACUAUCAAUAUAUACUGCAAACACUGAGCUAUUGUUGCGUAUUCAAACGGGUGAUAUGUCUGACUGUUAUAAGAGCACAAUAAGAUUUUUGUCAUGAAACAUUACUCAUGCAUGAGUAAGAGCAAAUAAAGAGAUAAGAGGUACAAGCUGACAUGUUUUUCUUUUUUGGCAUAGAGGAGCAAAUGCUACAAAGUUGAGUAGUUGUGUUAAAAGCUGUUUACUUUCCUGUUUGAAUCCCUUAAUGCUCUAAUGACCAGGAAAACCUCAGGAGGUGUGAAUUUCUGCAAGGUUUUACAAAUAAGUCAAAAUUUGUUAAUUGGUCAAAUUACCCUAAAAACAUGUGUCAUUACACCCCCUGUGGCGGCCUGUGCAAGGCUGAAUAACAGAUGGAUGAAGUCGACAGUGAGCAGUAGGCACAAUGUGCGACAGAUAGAGAGACAGAUAGAAAGAAGUGUCAGAGGCAAGUCUUUUAAGCGAGGCCGGCCUGGUAUCAUUGUGUGGCAUCACUGUGGGAGAUAGCAAGCUCACAGCAGUUAGAGGGGAAACAGAGAUCAAGAGGCAGAGCCAAGAGCAACCCUCUUAGAUAAAAACCCUCCGUCUCAAGCUGCUAGAUCUUACAUUCAACCUCCCUCACUCAUGCAUGGAAAUGAAUUCACACCGCUCAAUUUAACAGCCAGCGCACACAUUCUGUCUCAAUUGUACGGCUAAAGGAUACACAUAUUUGUAAAUACGUAAUGACACACAGGGCUGCUUUAUUCAUUUACAUCCUGAAGCACUCUCAGUGUUUUAAUGUAGCACUUGGUCUUGGCUGUCAUUUCUACUUCUCUGUCAGAGCAUUAAAGGCUAUGAAAAUAACUGUAAAAUGACUUUAAUGUGUAUAUACUGUAAUACUGCCAAUAAAAGCACAGUCUGGAUCUGAUCCUUGAAAAAGACAAGUGUGCACGUACUGUGCUGCGCUCUCUGUGAGGGAUGGGAAGAUGCCCUCGGGUUUCACUGUAAAUAGCUUCUGUCUGCAAGAAGAAACAUGUUUUGUACAGUAUAAAUGUUUGUUGUCACACCAGGCAGAAGGACACUAACACACUCAGCCAUGAACAUAUUUACCGGUUUAUACUGUCUCCUUUGCAAAAGCGACUCGUGAAAAAAACAGUCUCCACUCUUUAUUUGUUUUUUAAAUUUCAAAUGCCACAAAAAAAAUCGGAACUUUGUGAAACUUGCAAUAGAAAAUGUCACUUUGAAAAUUAUAACCAUUGAGGUUUAAUUUGAAUCAGUCACACAAACAACAAAUCACUGCUUUGAAUCACUUUUUUACGACGGAGUAUUAGGGCCACAUUGAGAAAAGACAAAUUUAAGACUUAAAGAUUUAAGUCAUUUACUAGCGAGAAUAAAGUUGUAAUAAAAUCAUCAGUUACGAAAAUAAAGUUGUAAUAAAAUUAUUACUUACAAGGAUAAAGUCAUAAUAAAGUAAUUAGUUACGAGAAUAAAGUCGUAAUAAAAUCAUUAGUUACGAGAAUAAAGUCAUAAUAAAGUCAUUAGUUACAAGAAUGAAGUCGUAAUAACGUAAAAAGUUAAGAGAAUAAAGUUGCAAUAAAAUCAUUAGUUACGAGAAUAAAGUCGUAGUAAAAUAAUCACUAUCAAGGUUAAAGUCAGAAUAAAGUCCUUAUAUUCUAACUUGUUGUUUUAGAUGACAGUUGUUGAAAUAAGAGCCAUUGAGCAUUUCAUGAAAAUAUACUUCAUUAUAGGUUUCUAAAACAAGCAGAUUUGGCACAUCAGCACCACAUUAUCAUAAGUAUCAUAAUGAUUUUAUUAUGACUGUAUUUUCGAAAGUAAUUACUUUAUUACGACGUUUUUCUCGUAAAUUAACAACUUUAAUCUCGAAGUCUUCUUUUUCCUUUUCUUAUUGUGGCUCUAAUAUUCCGUUGUAUGUUUUUUCAGUCCAGACCAAAUAAAAUCAAUAUUACUCAAUAUCAAUAAUUCAGCCAUCCUGAUGCUGUGUUAUUUACCGUGGGACUCUCUUAUUUUUUCCAUCACUUCAGAUUUGAAACUUUCUCAACUUUAGUCUGGGUUAAAACAAUCUCCCAUGUUUCACAGCAUGUUGUUGCAAUUACCCCCAGCUGUAGUCCACCUCUUUAUGAUAAUUCACCUCCUGGAAGUACUUAUGAACUGGCUGUGUUUUCAAGCCUGUUUUCUCCCCUUAUCUUUGCGGGCUUUCUUCCUCAACAUUACUGUGAUUUAACAGACAACUGCUUAGAGAAGCAGCUGCUAAUUCAGUCAGUCAGAAGAGAAAUCCUAAACAAGGUAAGGCCGUGUUUUUGACUGAUGAUUCAUACUUGGUAUUUACAUAAAAUACCAAGUAUGAAUGUGUUUGUUGUUGUGAGUGUGUUUGUGCGCCUGCAUAUGAAGAGACAGGGGAAAACAGAGGACAGAGUCAACCUAGAAACAGACUCAGAUGGCUCUAAGCAUUAUGGGUAACAAACUCAUUCAGUUGAGAACCAAUGGGGGCUGGGGAGACCCCCAUCUGUUUCCAGGGAAACAGAGCCCUUUCUCUGCUCUCUGUCUGUCUGUUUCUCUCUCUCUCUCCUCUCUCCUUCUUGCUCUCAUUCCCUCCUCCCUCUCUCACUCUCUCUCUCUCUCUCUCUCUCUCCCUCUCUCUUUCUCUCAGUCUAUUUUGUCUCAUCCUUUCUCUCUCACUCUAUCUAUUUAUCUGUUUAUCUAUCUAUACAUGUUUGUCCGACUUUCUCUUUCUCUCAAACACUCCUGUGUUCUUUCCUGGUGGUGUUGAGGAGGAGGGCGAUGUGGAGGUGACUCACUGUAACAUCAUUGCCAUGGCAAUGAAGAACGAGCGGAGUGUGGAGGGAGAAAAAGAACGGGAAUUUCCAAAGGUUGAGCAGAGAUAGUUGUCACGAUCUGCAGCAAUGUUGAACAUUUUUUCAAGGGAGCGCAAGAACCACCAACUGUUCCUCUCAUUUUUCCUCUCCUGCCUGCCUCUCUCACUCCUCACACCUCUUCAACAUCUGUCUUUCACAUCAGCAUUAUGCACUCUUUUUCAUCCCCCCUUUCUCUGCCGCUGUUCCCUAUCUUCCUUCCUCUUUGUCUCUUAUCUUCCUUCCUACUUGGCUUGCCUGUUGCAUGCAGACCUCUGCUCUCUGAGGAGUAUGUUUUUCCACCGGCGUGUUACGCUGAGUCAUGUCACAUGCUUGUUUGGACAUGUGGACAUGGAUCGUUAAUGUGAUGCUGACAUAUGUAGCGAGGAAAGGGGAGCUUGUAGUGGAGGAAAAAGGAGUUAACAGAGGGCAGAGGAGGACAAUGAGAGCAAUAGAGAGCAAAAGAAAAGAGAAUGAAGAGUUGUUUUUAGUUUGACUAAAGUUACACUCUUUCAGACCUGUCAUCCAGCAAACUUCAGUAAUACUUCACUUUGUUUAACACCAGAUCCAGUUUGUAUUUUUUAAAACAGUUACUCACAAGAGACGUAGGUUGGCAUAUUAGAUUACUUCGAAGUGUACACACAACAGCAACCUCACAAGCUGUAUAUAUGAAAGGGAUUAUGGGGAAUGAUCCAGAGAUUAAGCAGACGCAGGACUACAGAAGCAGACCAGUAGGGCAAAACAAGAAUGCUGACAGCAGGAUAAGACCGGUAUGUUAUCUCAUGACCCAAACUAACCCCCCUGUGGUUUUUUCACUGUUGCUUUUUAGCAUUAGCAGUCCAGGAUGAGUGACCUCUUAGUCCGUCUGGGGUUUUCAGUGAGGAGUCUAUAUAACAAAAAAAAAAAAAAAAUGUGCCACUUUAGUGAUUCUAGUCAACUUUUCCAUCCACCUGCUCCACAUACAAACGACUGAAAUGUUGUCAUUAGCAGAAUGAGUCAGCCUGAUUAGUCAAACACUAUUUACAUGUAGUCUAAAUAAUCAACACAUGUCUGUAAAUUCAUUAAAAAAAUGGACAUGUCCAUUCAUGUCUCAGUCUUAACAUUUGCCUCCUGCACUGUAAAAAUAAAAACACUUUAAGCUUCUGUUGGUAUUUUUAUCUCAUUAUCCCGUCCUGUCACAUUGCUGAAACCCAUACUGUGUUUCAGUUUUCAUGACUUCAUGUCUGCUUUCUUCAGUGUGGUCAGUCUUUUUCACUCAGCUCCUUCUGCUUUUUAUCAUCCCUUGCUAGUUUAAGGGCCCUGAUAUCUCCUUUCCUUGUCUUCUUUCUUAGCUGCUGUUUUGCUGGUCAGUUAUUAACCAACAAUCUAAAGUUUUUAAGCCUUUUCAUCAAAGGGGGUCAUAAACACUGACUGAAAUGUACUCAAUUCUUCAUGUCCGGCUGCUACUUUCAAAACUUUGUCUGUGUCUAACUGUUGUUUCCUCUCCUCGAAGUUCAGUCCGUCUUUCUUAUCACUCUCUGUGUCGUUAAACGCGUUGAGAUAGUGUUGGAAGAAUGUCUGUCUCCAGCACCAAAGUGACUAUCAUUUUCAGCUGUAUAUGUGUAUCUGACAGUGGAUCAACCCGCUGCUCCACCUCACAUCUUAUACAGCAGCUCUGUGCUGCCUCUGAGAUGUUUACAGGGGUCGAUAAUGACAGCACUGAUAAAGGAAACAUGCCCCCUCACUGUCAGCUCCAGUGCAGCCGAUAUCACUUGACCUGUAAUCACCGGUGAGACCAAGGGGAUCGGCAUAGUGCUGCCACUUCAUCUGGUUAUCACCUGUAAUGUUGCUCUAAACAUGAAGGUAAUGAAAACACUUUAUAUUUAUAACAGAUCAUAGGCUCUUUUAAACUUGACUUUUUUAAUGACAUUUGAUGGAAACAGGUCAAAUAUCUUUAGUGGAUACACUCUAAAAAUCACCUAAAAUCAAUUGAGGGCUGUAGAAAAAGACAGAUUUGGAUAGAAUUUUCAACGAAAGAGAUUUUAGCCUGUAUGAUGUUUUCAUGCUGCUGACAGACUGAUACAUGUGUAAACUCAUGACUUAAACAGGAGGGUUAUCCAGUUACCAGAGGAGAUGUAGGAUGACGUGCACAAAGAGAACUUUUUCACACUUGCUGCUGUGUUGUAUCGGUGUGAUAUAUACGGUGUCUACUGGUUUAAAAAAGCAGUUUUGACUGCCAGAGGAGGUUUUUAAUCCUAUCUACUUUCAAAUGAAAAGCGAGUUUGGCUCUGUAUUGGACAGUGGAGCGUGUUGAUCUGUCUCUGGUCGCCACAGGAGACUGUGAAUAAUAUAUGGCUAAAAAGCAGAGGACGCCCAUUCUUGUUUCUGCGCUGCUAAACACACUUCUUCCUCUUCUCUCUCCAUCCCUGUCUUUUUCACUCCAACAUUUUCUGGUCGUGUUUUCUAUGAAAACAAAUAAGAUAGAUAUUACACUUGGAAUGGUGACUAACAGGCUUCAAAGUUAGUUUUUGUGUUUGCACCUACCUUUGCAGAAAUCAAUCUUAAUAUUGUGUUUCAUUUAUUCCACUCUCAGUGUUUGUGAAAGAGUCUGUGACUCUUUAUGUGUGUGUGUGUGUGUAUGUGUGUGUUUGCAUUUGGUAGCAUCUUUUGUUUCCAUUUUCUCCCUCCCUUGUUCAGGAAGUGGACUAAUAGCAUGUGAGAGGAUGGAUGGAGCGGGAAAGAGGAGGAGGGACAGAGUUCCUUCCUGUGUGGUUUGUCAUUUUGUAGAUCCUGCUUUAUAGCGUGUGGCCUUGAGACUCAGUGGUAACACACACACACCCCACCGCUGCCCCCCCAACCAAAAGAAAGGAAUUUGAUGGCAGAGGUGAAGUGUGACGAUUGUGAAUGAUUAUUUUGUUGCUGUGGGGAUGAUAAUGUAAAUGAUUAUUCAAAGUUUAAUUGAAGAAUACUGUCUUAUAUACUCUGUGUUAUUCCUCUGCUAGUUUGGCAGCACCUGUGUGUGAUUGGAAGCAGUUAGCGUUGCUUACACGUGUUGUUUCCUUCCUGUCUAGAUCUUUGCUUGUGCUGUACUUACUCUCAGAUUUACAUCCCUCUGGACAAGAGCAUCUGCUAAAUGAUAAUGUGACAUUGUAAUAGAGAAUUAAGUCUUUGUUGUCUCAGUUAGUCAAACUAUUUCCAGAAUUUGGUGCAUUUAUCAAAGCAAAGCAAAAAAAAAGUUGAAAAGAGUAAUUAUUGUAUUACUUUUGACUUAACAUGAGACUUGAAAUCAGUUUUCUCGGUCAAAUUUUUUUUGUCUUAGCUGAUUUGCUUCUUUAAAAAAUCAACUGUCUCUUGAAACCACAACAAAAAGCCCUCUUGUCCUUUUGCCUAACCUGACUUUAGCCUUCAACCUCAAGUUACAGCCUCUAAAUGCACCUGAGGCUGCAGCUCUUUUAUAAUCAUAAACAAAGGUACAGUCAAAACUGUAACUCAUCAAGUCUCCCUAUAGUUAAAGCUCAUGCUAUUAUAUGUGUGGUCACCAAUCUAAAGUGAACUCUUAGCCUUUCUCCAUUCAAUUCCCUAAAGAUUGUUUACAUUUGUUUUUUUGGUAACACUUAAUUUGACACCUAUCUGUAUAACGCAUUAUAAAUAUAAGUAAAAUGCAUUAUAAUCACGUUAUAGCACUGUAUAACUAUAGUUAUAAACACUCAUAAAGGAUCAUAAUGCUUUAUAGCAAUAAUCAUAACACAUUAUAAAGCAUUUUAUCAUGACUUACAAGUUCAGGUAUUAUAAUGUGUUAUAACUGUUAACAACUCACUGACAAUGCCCACAUAGAUAAUGCAUUAUACAGAUAUUUAUGAUGUGUUAUAAUUUGCUCAUAAACUUGUAUAACUAUCAUUAUAAACACUCAUUAAUUAUCAUAAGGCUUUAUAACAAUAAGCAUAACACAUUAUAAUACCUGACCUUGUGAGUCAUGAUAAAAUGCUUUAUAAUGUGUUAUGAUUAUUGCUAUAAAGCAUUAUGAUCAUUUAUGAGUGUUUAUAACUAUAGUUAUACAGCGCUAUUACAUGAUUAUAAUGCAUUAUACAUAUAUUUAUAAUGGGUUAUACAGAUAGGCGUCAAAUAAAGUGUUACCCUUUUUUUCAACGGGUAAUAAAGGCUAAGUUAUUUCUUUUAACAGCAGUGUGUUUGAAUUCUCAUGAGCCCCACUAAAACAGCACAUUAUUUCUUGGUUUUAGGUGCUAGCUCACAAAUGCCUAGUAACCAGUAUCACAAGGAGUUUGUUUGUGCUUAUUUAUGCAGAACUCAUCGACUCCUAAAUUAAGUAUCCAGUACUUAAAGUACUUUGGUAAAAUCUACAAAAAUAACAACCAUCAGCAGACCUGGCUUUUCAGUCUGCUUCCUAAUGUGUGCUUGAAUCAUAUAUGUCGCUACCAGCUGGUAUAUCAGUUCCCCCCAAAAUGAGCCGAUCCGUGUGAAAAGCAGAGUGUGUCUGUGAGAGACAGAGAGGUGGAGGAAGCAGACAGAGAUGCAGGUACAGCGAGACAGAGGGAGAGACAGACGGACAGCCUUUUGAGAUUCCACUCACGAAUCUCUGAGUGUCUCUCAGUCUCUGAAGUAUUGAAUGAAAAUGACUCUCCCCACCUUCACAAACACACACACAACGCAUGCAUGCAUUAAGCACACUUAUUAAUGAGGAACACAAUGGGUAAACAUGUAGGGAUGAAAGAGUUUGAAAGUUAUCUCAUUAAGCCUUUUAGUCUGAUGGGAUUAGUGUACUGUGAAUGUAGUAAGGAGAGAGUCUGAUUAGGUCAUAAAGUAGAAAAAAAAUGUGGCGUAAUUGAAACAGCUCAGUGUUUCUUGUCCUUGUCUACAAGAAAAACAAGAUGUUUGGAUCACUUUACUUGAAAUGUUUGGAAUCUGCUUUCUGUGCUGUCUUUUAGUUUUGUCCAGGAUGGUUCAAAAAAGAGCAGCUAAAAAUCUGAUAACAGCACGCUCAAAUGUGAGUAACUUGUGUAGUAUCAAGACAAUCCUGUAACCCUGUGUGUAAAACUCACACAGUCCUCCUCGCUGGAAAAGUUCCUUAUCUGGUCCCAGGACACAAGAUCAUAUAAAUCUUUCCGGACUUGUUUGGACUUUCAGGUUACACAACUGACCCAACCAGAGAGCCACUGAAACCUUUGUCUCUUCUCAGUUGGUCAAUUUGAAGAACAAAGGCAGGGUUUAUUACCUUUAGAAAUGACUCCAUCAGUGACCAUCUAAACAAUCAUUCCAGUCUCAACCCAGGUCUCCCAUUUGAGAUUUACUGUAUUAAGAGUGUGAACACAGAGAGCCCAAUGAAAGGUCUGAGGAGCAGGACGCUGACCUCCAGACCUCUGUCAUAAAACCCUGCUCAACCACGUACUGAUAAAAACUCUAUUCUUUUGGUGAAAGAAUACAAAUACAUCUGUUAAUGACAUCUGAUGCAUUCGACAAUGGACUAAUCUGUCUUAUCAUGAAAUGAGACGUGUCCUGUUUUUCUACAUGGUCCAUAAGCCAAGAUUUCACACUGACAACUAAUGCUACAUUCCAUUUGUAUUCGGAAGUCGGAAUUUCCAAGCUCAGAGUUGAAAAUUCAGCUGGAAUGUCAGAAGUCAGAUUUCUGACUGGGAAAGUCAGACAAUCCUCAUCAACCCCGAUUUGACGACAACAUCAUAAUCCUGGAUGGCAGCGCAGUGCAUCAACAGUAAAGAAUUAACAGGUCUAUGGUGUUUGUAAGAGUAAAAAAUACUGUGUUAUGCUUUGUUUACAACUGGUAUAGCUAACUAACAACCACUAACAACAACUGACAAUGGCUAACAACAGCUGACAAUUGUAAACAACAGCUAACAGUAGGCAUCCAUCUUGGUUUUUCAACUUGUUCACUGGAACACCGUCAACAUCAUUCACAGCCCCAACAUCUGACUUCUGAGGUAACUGGCACGCACAAUUAAUCUCUUAGUUGUCUAGUUCUAAGAUGUGACAUAGAACUAGACAACUAAGAGACAGGGCGGAAAAAAUGAGAAGAGUAGAAGACGACAAAGAGGUACAUUAUAAUACCUGACCUUGUAAGUCGUGAUAAAAUGCUUUAUAAUGUGUUAUGAUUAUUGCCAUAAAGCGUUAUGAUCAUUUAUGAGUGUUUAUAACUAUAGUUAUACAGUGCUUUAAUGUUAUUAUAACGCGUUUUACAUAUAUUUAUAAUGCAUUAUAGAGAUAUGUGUCAAGUAAAGUGUUACCACAAAUUCAAAUCACUACACAUGCAUCGCUUUGAAUGGUUUGAAUCCACACUCUACACUUGGUUAUCUGGACAUCAAACACUUCGUUGGUGUUGUUGUGCGCUGUAUUACCUGACAUACUGUGUAUGUCUGGUGUACUGUACCACCCUGCUGGAGGCUGUAGGUUUGAAUAAUUUAUGCAACAAAUGAGUGGGCCAGGAGACGUAGGUGUUCAUCUGAGGACAUGAGGGGGCCGUUCCUCAGCCUCGGGUUUCAUCACAAACACUUUCUGGUUACAGCUCCACAGUCUUUGAAAAUGUUCUGCUUGUUAUGCACACAGAAACAUAGAGAGUGCUAACAUGUGAUGACCCAUGAAAUCAAAGGUAAUCAAGUCUUUCCGCUCCUCACAGAUAGAAGAGAUAGAGAGAAGAUAGAUGAUGAAGAGUAACAGAGCAAAACUUAAAAACAGACAAGUCAGGCUCUCAUGAAGGAAACAGCCUGAUAUGUUUUCACAUGAAUCCUGUGACAAUGAGUCAAAUGUCACUUGAAAGUGUUCAAAGGUUUAUAACAAAUAAAUGAAUAGGCACUGUUGACAGAUGCACACAGCAGGGCAUACAGUGUCUCAGUGUCUCAUUGUUCCUCUCACUGGGCCUAGUCAGAAAAGUGUAAACACCGAUGUGUGAUGUGUGUAAAUGAUGGCCUCAUUAACAGUGUGUAACAACUGUUGUUUAUUUGAUGUCCACAAAGGUUAAGUGCUGGAAUAUGUCGAGCUUGGCAGUGAAUCACAGAGUCUAAUUCAGAGUCAUUUACACAAGUGUAAGAGGGACAAACGCUAAUCUGUUGGUCACUACGCUGUUGAGCUAAUUGCUUUGUGUUGAUGUGCUCACAUUAGGAGAGGUGAAGCUGUGCAAUCUCACUGUCAUUACAGUUAUCAACACGCCAUGAGGGACUGCGUACAGUUUGAUUGGAUUAGUGCAUUGAAGGUCUUCACACACCAGUAUGUUUCAUUUAAACUUUGUCAGCAUUUAAUAGAGUAAUUUCAAAUGGGUGCUCAAUAAUUAUCUAUAACUUUGCAUAAUUCAGAUACCAGCCCCUUUUAAGUAAAAAGGAAGCCAUGUGUUUUAUCGACUGGUAGCCAGCUAUGAGCGCUCAUCUUGUUAUCAAAGUAAUCAAUCUAAUUGAACUGAAUUAAUUGAUUCUUUGCUCAUUAUUUUAAUACAGUUAAUGCCGCUCUGUGGAGUUUGAAGAUGGUUAUGAGAGAGGCUGAAAUAACGCUUAUUUCUCUUUAUGACCAGCAAUAUCAAACAAGACCAUCAGGGAAGAGACUGAUCGUUUCUAAUAAGUCAUUUUAAUGCUUUUUAACCACUGCCUGGGGGGAGGUGUCAAAUCAGCGCUCCUGAUAUGGUUUGACCUUUUCUUACACUUUCAACCUUAAAUAUUCACUGAAAUUGGCACAUGUUAAAUGUAAACCAUGAAGAUCAGCAAACAGAGAUCAAAAGUUACUCACAGGGGCUUUAAAAAACAGGUUUUUAUCUAAAGAGUUUAAUCCACCACAGGAGGGUUUAAGUAUUUCUCCACAGAUACUUUGCUUUUUAGGAACGCUACCAAUACUGUAACACAGGUGUUAAAAAACAUAUAAUUGUUUCAUUUUACAUUAAAGCUACUUUAAAGAGUUAUUAUGUUAAUAAAAUACACUGGAGUUCAUAUUGGUUCCCUUUUUUUGUAGUGUGUAAAAGCAGCUUCGGCCAUCAGUUUUCAAAUCCACAAUUUUCAAUAAUUUUUAUCAAUCAAUCAAACUUUGUUUUUAAAGCACUUUUCAUACAUGGAAUGUAGCACAAAGUGCACAAAAGCACAAAGAUAUUAAAAAACAAUGAAGUAAAAUAAAUAAAAUACAAAUACCAAACCCCACCCACCCUGCCCACCCCAUUCAACACAUACAGCACUCACAUGCUCACACACACAGAUGCACACUCAGAAGACAAUGUGAGGCGUCUUGAACUUGCUGACUGAGGAAACACUACUAUGAGUUAAAAAUGAUAAGGAAACACUGGAUCUAGGACUAAAACAAUAAAACCAUGAUAAAAUGUAAUAAAGGUGAUAAAACGUUUAAAGUUAAUUCAAUAAAACAGUCUUAAAUUCAAGACUUAAAAUCAAUAAAAGAAAGUUAAUUAAAAGAGAGGUGAUGAAACACAAAAUAGUUAUCCUAGGACUAAGAUAGGGUAAAAUCACGUAAUGCAGAUUAAAAGGUUUAAACAAAAUUCAACUAAAAGCCAGACUAAAAAGGUAGGUCUUUAGUUUACUUUUAGAAAUAUGAACAGUAGGUGUCGCUCUCGGGUCUGCAGGGAGGCUGUUCCACAGAUGGGGAACAAUGAUUAUAGUGCGAGAGGGUCGGUGUCAGACAGGCAGCUAAAGAAACGCCAGUAUUCACAUAAAAUGUUCACAAAUAAUGAUGCAUAUUGUCUGUCAGCAAAUUAUGAGUCACAAGGAAUAAGCUAAAAAAAAAAUCUCAAACAGUAGUGUGACAUCUUACCAAAAUAUUCUGAUAUAUAUAUAUAUUUUUUUUUUUGAUUGAAUAUCCCAGGGCAGAUUUUUGUUAACCUGAUGGGGCCAGUAGUUGCUCUCAAGAACUUCAGGUGAUAGAUUUGAUCUCCUGCAGCAGGAAUUUCAAACAGACUGGGACAAAAGUUUUACAGGUCCUCGUCUCAGGAGGGUUUGUGAAUCCUUCUCAGUGUGAUUAACUCUGAAUUGUAAAAAUUAAAGACCAGAGAAUUGAAUGUUGUUGUUCUCCAUAGAUGAGCGGUGGGGCUGCAGGUUUUUCAGGUUGCUUUGUUUUGCUCUGUGUUUGGAGAACGCUGCUUUGUCAGCAGGUCAGGUAGACUUUAGUUCCUCCCCCAGUUCUACUUUUCCUUCUCAAACAAAUAAAAAGUGCACACACACACACGCACGCACACAUUCUCAUGUGCACACUCAUAAUCUCUGCUUUGUCCUCUUUUCCCCACUUUCCCUCUCCCCCACUCGUUCUCGGAGCGUGAAGGCAAACUCAGCAGACCUCCAGGCUGCCAGAGAGUGAAGGCAUUUUGGGUAAUCCAGGGUGCGAGACGGCAGAGGAAAAGAAAAGAAAAACAAACGUGCAAAACUACAACACACACUUGAUGCUGUGCAUGAUGUUGUACACUGAAACAAACUCACACAAACAAACAAAGAAAAUCCAGUCUCUCGCCACUGAACCAGGGAGAUACAAUAUCCAUCUGUGUCCAUCUGUACAUUUGUCUGCAGAGACAGAAACAGGCUCUGUUUGCAGCAGAAUAUGGAUUUAAAAAGCUGCAGAGCGUCCUGUUCCCAGCAGCAGCAGCAGAACAUGAACAGUUUGGAGACAUGAAGGAGAGCAGGGAAGGCUGAGGGAAUAGCUGGUGGAGAAGAGGAGGAUGCAGAAGUGUCGUCAGCCUGCUUUUAUCUCAGCUCUGAUUAAACCUUGUUCCUGUCUGACCUAAAAAGUCAGCUGGCGGAAACUUCAGAGACUGUGGGUGAAUUUCACUGGAGCUCUUUACGCCCAGCCAAUGCCUUCAGAGAGGGAGAGGGAGAGCAAGAGGGGAGAUCAGAGAAAUAGAACAGAGUGGGCAGAAGCUGAAAAAAAAAACAAUCCACAGACAGAGGCGUGCUGGCUUUAUAUGCUCACAGAUUAUCAUAUAUAUGGAUGUACACUCUCCCACACUGCCAGUUGUCUGCUCUAAUGAGGAUGAGGAAGAGGCCGGGGCUGGGUGGUAGCCUCGGGUUAGUUAGUAGUACAAUGCCACAGGAAGCAGACAAAGGCUGUGCUGAAAUGUGCCAGCUCCGCCUGUCUGGGGAAAGCACAACAAAAACACAAGGUAUAAAAAUAAACCAGGGCCAGCAUGGCAGGGCAUCUGCAGGAACAGGAAAUACCACGUAGGGAGAUAGACAGCAAGUGAGAAAUGAGGGAAGAUACUGCUGCUGCUAAUUUUUGUCUUUGUUUAUAUGAUAUGAGAAGAGGUGCUGAAGCAAAAAUGUUGACUAGCACUUUUGAUAAAAAUAGCAGAAUACGUUGCAAAAGUUAAUAUUUCAACUUACUAAGCUGUUAAGUAGAUUUUACCCCCUCCGGUCUCAAAAGAUAGAACAAUAAAUAAAUAAUAAAAACUGUUUAAAAUGGGGGAAAAAAACACAAUGUUACCUCUGUGCAGUAUUUGACUAUACUUCCUCUGGUUCGAUUCUGCCGCUAUUGCGUUAGACAAGAACCAGAGAGCUGCUCUGUGUCGUGAUUUUGACCUACACCUCUCAUUACACUGUACUACAUGCAUGUGUGUAUGUGUGUUUACAUCCAUUAGAGUGCUGCAGCAGCCCCCAGUCCUGUCCUUGGGAACCUUCCCCCAGGAGAGGGCAUGCCAGUGGGACCAGUUCCUCCAGGAUUCUUUCAGGUACACACACACAAACAUGAGCGCACACACACAAACACACACAGUGUGAGCAAGGAUAGAGAGAUUAUUUCUUUGAGUUUUAAGGGCCACUUACGCACAGAGACUCAAAAUAAGGCGUAAUUAAUGAAGUAGUGCUAGUGGUUAUUACCCAGCUGUGUUGAAUACUUGAUUCUGAUUGGUCAAAACCUCACAGAUGGUUUUUAAUUAUGAAUAGCAAAGAGGAGGCUAGAGGCAACCUGAUCAGGCGCAUUUGAACAGUAAAACUUGAUCAUUUUUUGACUCUACAAACUGAUACUUUUGGUGUUAACUCAACUAAUAAGUUAGCUGACAAGAAUACUGUUGCUGAAACUGAGGGACAUUGUUUAAAACAUCAAAUUUAAAUCAUUCUCAGUGUCAUCUUGUUUGUAUAGCAGGUCAGUAACCAGGCAGUUAGCUUUCCUCAACUCAACUUUAUUUAUAGAGCACUUUAAAUACAACCAAAGCUGAUACAAAGUACUGUACAUAAUAACAUAAAACAUAAAACAACAAUAAUAGUUGUUUUAAAAUAUAAUAAAAAGCAAUAAAAGAACAAUAAAACAGAUCUCAUGCUGGGUCAGAAGCCAAGGAAUAAAAGUGGGUUUUUAGAUUCUAUAGAGCAGUGGUUCUCAAGUCCAGUCCUGUUUCCCUGCUCCAACACACCUGAUUCAAAUGAUCAGCUCGUUAUCAAGCGCUGUAAUAACGAGCUGAUCAUUUGAAUCAGGUGUGUUGGAGCAGGGAAACAUCCAGAACAUACAGGACAGUGGGCCUCGAGGACUGGACUUGAGAACCACUGCUUUAAAGGAUUCAUCUCACCUAACCAUUGGCUAACUCUACAGUAGCUCUUAUUUGUUUCAUCAUCUUAUGCUGAAUGUUAGAAAGCCACACACGCACCUCUCCCCCAGAUCAUCCCUGUUCUCCAUCAGAAGGACCCUGCCGGUUGUUUAUCGAUUACCCGUCAUUAUCAGUCAAACUCUGAUGCCUGCAUCUGACACACAGAUCAAUAGCUUUCAUAGACAUUUCUCAGCUCUGCUUUCAAAAAACUCCUCGUCUGGACGGGCUUUUCUAUCUCCUUCUGAAGAUAAUUUGUUCCUUGACGUUCUUGUCGAGGCUUAUCUGCUAAAGAAAUCUAACAACUACCAGAUGCACUGUCUUCAUUCAGGUUCAACAAAUUGACAUGCACACUCACUCGAUCGGAGAAUGAAACAGAAUGCACAUGAUGUGAUAUAUAAAAACAAGAUCCACUUCGAGCUUUGAAAACAAGGAAUUCAUUCAUGCUUUCAAUCUAUUCUUUAAGGAACGCGCUGUGUUAAAUUGUUUGCACCCUUUUCUGUUCAUGCAUGAAUGAGAACAAUGCUUUGAAUCAUUAUAGUACUUGAAUAGAUUUUAAGUACUGCAGAUGUUUUCCUUUGAUGGAUCUUCAAGCAGCUGAGAGAAAAGAGGAGGAGUAAUUAAAGAAAAGUCCCUGAUCAAAACAAGCAUACCAUUGCUCCCUAGUGGUGACUUAUUGUGCUGCUUCUUAAAAGCUGCGGAUUGUUUUUUCCCCCCUGACCACAGUGGCGUCAGUUCAGCAGCAGCGGCAGCACUGCUACCGUCUGUGGUGAGGACAAGUGAAAGCCCACUCACAGCUGCAAAAGAGCUUCUCACACACACAGUGCCAAACUUCACCCAGUUAACACGUACGCUGACAUCAUCAUUGACAGAGCUCAUUUCUUCUUCUCUUCAUUGUUUUUCUAUCACUCCUCUGCAAUAAAAACGUGGUCUGCUUCCUGACUUCGCUGGAAUAAAGGAAACUUAACACAAAAUAGUUGUUCUGUUUGGUUUCCUGCUUUGGAAAGUGUGAAAAACAAACCACAGAGCUCUAUAUACUCUGGUUGUUACAGGACAAUUUCUGUGGAGGGUGACACUAAAGAGGGGUUUGUCUGUUACCCAGUAUGGGAAACAAUAGCAGCAUAUUCUGCAUAUUGGUUUGAUGUCAUGAUUUUUAUUUAUCUCACUUUAUAUGAUGUCUAUUUGAACACUGUUUUCCCCUAACCCUCCUGUCUGAUGUGUUUUUUGUUUGAAUCAAAGUCUUAACAUGGUCUCUCAGCCAAAUGAGUAGUUUUCAUGCAUUUCAAAGGUCCUCUCUGCUCAGCGUGAUUCAUCCUUCUUUUUUUUAGCCAUUUAUGUCACCUCGGUACCCAGGAGGACCCAGACCCCCACUCAGAUUACCCAAUCAGGUAAGAACUACACUGACACCUGCAGGCAGCACCCAGAACUGUGAUUACCAUCGUGUAAAAGUGAUGAUGGAUCUUAUAUGCUGUACAGGGACUUGGAGGAGUCCCAGGUAGCCAGCCUAUGUUACCAAGUGGAAUGGACCCCACAAGACAGCAAGGUACACACAGACACAGAGCUAAUAUUCAUUCAACCAUGAACCAAUACAGGCAUUUCAAGAUGGUGUCCAUGACAGGUAGGAAGCCCGGGGAGACACCCCAAGUAAAUAGGGUAAAAUUUUUAACAAACAGAUAUCACCAUGAAACUUCCCAAGUUUAUAACUUACAUUAAGACAAAUAUUUUUUGUAUUACAAGUUUUGUCAAAUGUUAUGUAUGAAUAUGUAAAUGAGGUAAUAUCUAAUUAAAUAUGCACUAAUUUGCAUACAUUUCCAGAACCGAAACCUGAACAAUGGAUCAAGCCCCUUUCAAAAUUCUUGUUUUAUUUUGUUGACAUACUAAAGUCAGAAGGGGGAAGGAGGGGACUUUGGAUAUCUCUCUUUAUCACUCUGUAAAUGAGAAAAUACUGUCACCACUCCUAAAAAUUCAAAUGUCACCAUGCAACACUGCCCGUGGGACACUAGUUGUACUUGUAAUCACUUAUCUAUCAUACAAAUAUGCUAAUUAGAAUAUUACAUGGUCAAAACAUGUAUCAGGCACCAGAAUUCCUGGUCCAGAAGGAAUACAAAGGAGUAAUGAUCAUUUUAAGGACCUGGGGAAAAAAAACACAUGGCGAUAUUUGAAUUUAUAGGGGUGGUGACAGUAUUUUCUCAUUUACAUAGUGAUAAAAAGAGAAAUCCAAAGUCCCCCCUCCCCUCUUUUGUUGACUCUAGUAUGUCAACAAAAUAAAACAAGAAUUUUGAAAGGGACUUUAUCUAUUGUUCAGGUUUCAGUUCUGGAAAUGUAUGCAAAUUAGUACAUAUUUAAUAAGAUAUUAUCUCAUUUACAUAUUCAAACAUAGCAUUGGACAAAACUUGUUAUACAAAAAAUAUUUGUCUUAAUGUGAGUUAUAAACUUGGGAAGUUUCAUGGUGAUAUCUGUUAGUUAAAAAUUUUACUCAAUUCACCUGGGGUGUCUCCCCGGGCUUCCAACCCAUCAUAGACGCCAUCUUGAAAAUGGCUCCUUUCUAGCGGUCAAACUUCGGCAAACUUUUAGUAUUUUUUAAGGACACCUAAUACUGUAGCUGAGAAACCUUUUGUUAGAGUGUUUUUAGGGUCAAGUCAUAUUUGCACCUGACAAUAAAUUAGUAUCAAGACCACGUUGGUCAGGGUACAGCGGGGCUGUUACCUAAAUGCUAGUGUCUGUGUGCUCGGAUACUCACAGCCAUAAUGUCAACAAGCUGAUUUUUCACAGCAGAGAAAAGUUUUUACCGUACACCUGUCAGAGAAAUGCUGAGAUUUAAUUGUUCUUUUGCAUUGUAGGACAUCCAAAUAUGGGAGGACCGAUGCAGCGGAUGACUCCACCCAGAGGCAUGGUACCACUUGGCCCUCAGGUAUGGGACAAGCUGACCUGUGAGGAUAUUUAUCAACAUGCUAUUGGUUGUUACUUUUUUGUGAUUGUUACUUUUUUUAUGUCUUCAAUCCAGAGCUACGGAGGAGGGAUGAGACCACCUCUGAAUGCAUUAGUCGGACCUGGGAUGCCUGGCAUGAACAUGUGAGUGUCUUUACGUGUAUUAAGACUCAAAGUGAAUCCUGUAGAUGUUUCAGAUUUCUCUUAAUUUCUCUCUCACUGAUCACUGACUACGGUAAAUACCAAAGGCCCUUUGUCUGUAAGUUUUAACUACAUCUUUACUGUUGCUCUUGGCUCCUAGAGCCUGCAUGUGAAGCAGGAAGCCAACUCUCUUUCAUUCAGCCUCUUUUUUUUCUACUUGAUGUUCCCAUCACCUCUCUCGGGGCAACAGAAAAGCUUGUUGUUGCCAACUCUGUCCAAGUGAGCUGGAAAAAAAGAAGCUUGCUAAAACAGGGAACUGAAGUGUGUGUUUAUGUGUGUUACAGGGGACCCGGUGGGGGUAGACCUUGGCCAAAUCCCCCAAAUUCCAAUUCAGUAAGUGCCCCAAUGAAAAACACUCAAAAGAAAGUUUAAGAUAUUGAUUUUUCUUUAAUCAUUUACUUCUUUUUUGUAGACACCUUACUCCUCUGCAUCUCCAGGAAGUUACGUGGUAUGUAUGUUGAAUUUUAAAGGGUUAUGCUGUGAAGAUUGUUACCCAGACGUACACACGUGCAUCCAUUUGUUCAUUAUGAGGUCACAUGACAACCAAAACUAUGAUUUUAGGGACCUCCAGGAGGAGGGGGGCCACCAGGAACUCCAAUAAUGCCAAGUCCAGCAGGUAAGCUCAGAGUGUGCUUUUAUGUUCUGUCAGAGUGUGUAUCCAUAUUUUCAGGGUCUUUUCCCUCAUCCUCUUCUUAUUCUCUCUGUUUUUGCUAGAUUCGACCAAUUCUGGUGACAACAUGUACACAAUGAUUAACACAGUUCCUCCAACUGGAAGCCGACCGAAUGUGAGACCUCUUUUCUCUUUGGAUAUUAUCAUUACUGAGUGUACUGCACUGAAGAUUUGAUCGAGCUCUUCUAUAGUUUAAACUGCUUUUUGAUGCCAGCAGCUAAUGAUUUCAUUACUGAUAGAUGUCCUCACAGGUUGGUUAUUGUCUGCUCUGUGUGUCCUCCUCAGUUCCCAAUGGGUGCAGGUGGCGAUGGUCCAUUAAGUGGAAUGGCCGGGAUGGAGCCUCAUCACAUGAAUGGUUCAUUAGGUACAAGAACAUGAAACUUGAACAGUCUCGCUGAAUGACACAAAGAUUUUAGUGUGCCUUUACUCAAAUAUCUUGUACAAAGUGAGACUUUGAUGAUAUUGAUCUGUUUGUUUGUUUUUUGUUCUUGUGUCCCCUCGCUCAGGGUCAGGUGAUAUGGACAGUCUGCCCAAGGUGAGGAAAGAUAUUUAUCUCAUCUGAAACUCAUUUUAGGGGAUUUUUGCAGCUUUGCAGGAUACAAUUACAAGUAAUAUGCUUUCUUAACAGACCUCACCUGGUAAUCUCAGUAUGAGUAACCAGCCCGGGACCCCCAGAGAGGAUGGAGAGAUGGGAGGAAACUUCCUGAACCCUUUUCAGAAUGAAAGUGUGAGCAAAUCAGCCUCUACUACCAGAAUUGUUUGGCAUUUCACUGUAAAGUUUAUUGGUUUCUAAUAGAAAUUAUAGAUCAUUCUUUAACACUUUUUAGGGAGCAGUGUGACCUUUGGCACAAAAGAUGCAAUUACUAUUAUUUUUUUGAACCUUCAUUAAACCAGGAGAACACCACUUUGAGAUCUAAAAUCUCUUUUCCAAGUGUGUAUCAGCCUUGGGAUUAAAUACUACUUACGAUACGAUACGAUACGAUACACUUUAUUGUCCCCCUAGGGAAAUUUGAAAUUUGGAUUUCAAGAGUUGCACUGAUAAAGCUGCCAACUGAUGAAACAAAGCACUAGACCUAACAAAGACACAGUCACACAACCCACGCACAUUGCACAUACACACAUUGCACAAGAAUCCCACAGAAAUGGUCAAAAGAAACACACCGACAAUAGACAACAAGAAACAAGACACAGCAAGGUGAGACAAGGCAAACAAGAAAAUGAUACAUUUACAUUUAGGAAACAUUGUUUAAAAACCUAAUGGAGGUGGGCAUGAAUAAGUUUUUAAAAUGAUUCAGUCUACAUUACACUUGAAUUACCUCACAAAUAAAUGAGUGGUACCAGUCUUUGUUUUUGGCAGUGGUCAGACAUAAAAAAACGUGUCUUAAACUGUGCUCACAUUCAUAAAAAAAGGAUUGAAAUUUUAAGUAUGAGUCACUGUUGUCUCAUAGAAAACUGCAGCUCAUUCGCUUAUAACGGCUGAUCACACACAUGACUUUCUGACAUCUCAUCUCUGCAGUAUUCUCCGAACAUGACGAUGAGCGUGUGAAGCUUGCGAAGUGGACUCGGUCAGCUGCUCAGAAAGAUGGUGUGGACUCGUCACACAAGCAGAGAGACUGGAGUGAUGUCAUCAACACCAGUGACUCUUUGUCCGCCACCGCCUAUGAAGCUAGGACAGUUUUACCCUGGGUCCUGAUCUUCUAUGAUCCCCCCAACCGACCGACCGACCCCUCUGUUGUUUCUGUCUGCGUCUCUUCUUUCCUGUUUUUCUCCCUUUCUGCGUGGUGACUCUGCUACAUUCAUCAGUUCUUCCUCUGCAACUAUAUGACUGUACAAAGGAACCAAACCGAGACAACCCAGAGGAGAACUCUUUGUAUAUUUCCAUAUAGUCAGACACAUGAGACACAGACUCCAGUCACAGACUGAUGUCUCUGCCUUUUGCAUCAUGUCACAGAGUUCAUGCCCAAAUCAAAAAGCCAGUACCCUAUUGAUCCUGAAGAUAAAAAUUCCCAAGGACUAAAGAGAUAUUGAUACUUUUGUGAUCAUGAAUAAUUUCAGCAAACUGGAUGUCAUGUGAAUUUUUUUUUUUUUUCAUUGCUGACCAAAAACUUUGACCACAACCAGAAGGUUCAGGGCGGAGUCACAAUCAUGUCAUCUAAGGCUUCUGCAGAUAUUUGUUAUUGUGCUUUUUGAAGCCUUUUUCAGCUAAUGUGUUUGUUUAAACAGAGAAUUUUUAUUUCCUUUACCUCUGGCACAUGAUUUUGACGAGGUGAAUGAAGGGCAGAUCAAAAUCGUCUCUCUGUUCAGAUUUUAAUUAUGAUUUGCAGAAAGGUUUGGAAUAUUUGUCUGUAUUUUAAAUUGAAUAGAUAAGAAAGACUAUGCAAACUUGCUGGAAGUCACGUUAGCAGAAUAAUUUGAAGUGAUUUAUUAAACUGAAAGAGCAGAUAAGAGUAAUUCAUGGCUCUAUUAGAGCAAUCCAACUAAAGUUUCUAACAUUUGCUCACAUUAAGCAGUCAAAAGAUACUGGUGAUGCCAGACCGAGCAUGGCUGCUAAAGUAAGGCCCCUAUGUGUAUCAAAUCUAACAGCGGUGAGUGUAAUGCUUCUAAUUUUAACUUUUAUGAUUAGAAGAAGAAGUGUGGUUUAAUUCUUUCAGAGUAACGUAGACAUGUUUGAAACAGAUGAGUCUCUGUGCUCACUGAAAUUUGAAUGGAGAGCAGUAAGGACACCAUUUUAGGAUAAACCUGUGCAGCAAUCCAGACUGCACCCUUGGAGGAUUUUACACUCUCCUGGGGGCACAAGCACGUGUAAAACUCAGAGCUGAGGUGGACAAAAGCUUUUUUCUGUUUUCUUACAUUUUGUGACUCCGAACUUUUGUAUGUUCAGUGGGUUUUGUUCGCUGCCUGAGACCCUGUUCUCAGCCUAAUCCGAAUGAUGUGUCAGUUUGUUAUGGAGGGUAAACCGUCAAGACACAACUUCUGAAGUCACUUUGAUCACUUAUUCUUUGUUGUCAUCCGGAUAAACUGUGAUCUCAGAGUGAUGUUGUAUGACCAUGGGUACAGAAAGCUAAAAUAAGCUUGUUUUCAAUCAAUGUUUUCGACUUUUUUCACUGCCCGAGAUGUCUUAUCAUCAUGUACAAAAGGUUGAUAAUCCUGUGAACAUCCUCCUCCCCCUUCUCUUACUGCAAAGUGUACAGCUCACAAAUGUAGCGCCUCUGUCUUGUAUGUGUAUUUGAUAAUAUUAUUAUUUAAAUAAAAACCUGCAAAGAAUUAUUGCAAAAGGGAGGGAUGGACUGAUGAUGCAUCCUCCAAACUUACCGAGAUAUGUUCUUUUUAUUUUUGUGUUAGAUUGAAGCCAUAAGUGGGAGUACAAGAAGACACAUUUGUAAAUUGGAUCAUGUUUUCUGUUUUGUGGCAGUAUACUGGACUCCAUUUGUGAUGUGUUCAUUUUCUCUUUUUUAUUCUUGUAUUAUGUUUUUGUAAAUACACAGAGAAGUAUUUCAUGGGUUUUGAAUAUGCUAGUAUAAAGCUUCUCUUCCUCUAUUCAAAA